AAAAUAUUAAAAAGUGGUGCGAAAGAAGAUGUUUUGGCCAAGUGUUAAAAGUUAAAAUUUGAGGUUUAUGAAAAUAUUGAGUCGACCUAAUAGUAUGUACGUUUGUUAAAAUUAAUUGUUUGUCAUGGAUGACCCAAGAAUUGAAUGGGUUAAGGAUCGAGUUUAUAUUGGUUUGGACAUUAAAGAAAAUGAAGUUUUUGAUGAACUUUUGGAGCGAGAAGAUGGAGAAUUCGAGCGUAGGUUAGGAAAAUACCUCAACGAUACCCCAGAGCAAGGCGAAUCGUCCAUUCUGUUUUACAAGAUUAUUAGAGAAGAAGAGGAAGAAGUAGAGGUUGAAUGUGGUAAAUAUAGAAUAAAAUUGUCUUUAAGUUUAAUUUACUUUUGAAUUAUUUUAAAAAAUAAUUAGCCUCAUCUUAAGUCUUAAGCCUAGGCCUUAACUAAUAAGCCCUAAGCUAUUGACUAUAUAUAGACUAUUAUUAAUAAUAAGACACUAUACAGCUAAUCACUAUAGUAUAGACUAUAGUAUAAAUAGUAAUAGUAUGAUAUUAUUUGGUUUAAAAAACACGCAGUGGCGGGUGUGGUUUUCUCCUCAGCUCCUGGGGAGCUCUGCCCCCUGGAGCCCCACCCUUCCGGGGCCCCCUACCUACGCCUCAUGCCUAGGGCCCCCAAAAUCCUAUGAAUGGCUCAGAUGCCAGUAGUAUUAGAAUUUGCUCAGUUACUUGCCAUGUUUGGUUGAAAAAGAGUGUUUAAGUUUUGAUAGUUCUUUCACUUUCAUGCUGAAGACUUCUCUGACCCUGUCAAUCCAAUUCAUUCCUUGUCUGUUUUAAUUUUACGGGUGCAUUUGUUCUUUCUUGUUGUUCUUGUUAUACUUAUAGCAUCAUUGAGAAGCAUACUUUCCCCACAACUCUGCAUAUUCAGUGGCAUAGGCCUUGGCCAAUGUUAAUUAAAUCUCAUUCAGAACUAAAUCCUAAAAGUGCAAUCGUUUUACAACCACACAUCUCAGUCAUAAAAUGUUAAAAUACCAAAAGUGCCGCCAAGGGCAGUCAUCCCCUUGCACCCCACCCCCCCCCCCCCCCCUCCCCCACCCCCAGUGAUUCUAAUUUAAAAUUGGGUCUUAAAUACAUAAAUUCCUCUUCAGUCAUUUUGUCUUUUUUUAUUCUCUCACUCAAAGAGCAUUCAUAUCUGUAAUAUUAAUGUGUAAAAUUAUUACACCAUCACUGAUGGUAAUUCCAAUACUUUCACAGCUGCUAGACAGUUUCCUUUUGUUAUAUACUUUCACUGAUCGUACUUGUUUAAUCCAUCUAUCCCUGUGGCACAACAGCCCAUGUAGAGCUUUGGCCUGCCUUAUCACAUCCUUACACUCAGACCAAACUGAUGCUUUUCUUUUCCAUGCUUGGAUUCCCACCUGCUGUAUAUUUUUUUCCACAUCAUCCAUCCAUCUAAGCCUAGGUCUGCCUUUGAGCCAUUUUCCUCUGGGGUUUUGGUGAUGUACCUUCGUCACUCCUCUGUCAUUUCACAUUCUUUCUAAGUGUCCCACCUAGCAUAGCCUGCCCUUUUUUUUUUCCUGAUACUAGCCUGGGAUCCUGAUGUAGACCAUACAAUUCCUGGUUGGUUUGUAAUCUCCAUCCAUAUUCAUCUUUUGUUGGUCCGUAUAUUUUCAGGAUAACUUUUCUCUCCCAAAUGUUUAAUGGGUUUUCUGCAUUUUUUGUUAGGGUCCAAGUUUCACUUGCAUGCUUGUUUAAGGCAUAAUGAUAAGUUGAAGUAUUGACAGCAUGAAGUCAAUCAUAUUUAUGCUGGGGGAAAAUGUUGUUCAGAUUUCUUUACGUAGAAACAUUUUGCAGAGCCAGAAAUUCCUGAUAUAAAAGAAGAUGAGGAGGCUGGAGAUGGAUCUGAUGAAGACGAGGUGGAAGAUGAAGUGCAAGCAUUGCCUACGUCAGAACCUGAUGCAGACAGAGAGGAAACAACACCUUCUGAGAAAAAAGGUAUGUCAACACAUGAUCGUAACGUGCUGCUGGAAUGAAAAAAAAGAAAAUGGUUUCUUAAAAAAUAUUUUAUUUCUAAACAUUUUACUCUUUUUUUAAUGAUUUAAAAUCUAUAUGUAUGGGUGUACUUUCCUUAAAUUGACAAAUGCUAGUUACACAAAUCAAGAUAAGCAAAGCUUGAAUUUUGUGAUAUUCUUUGAUCAAUUUUUAUAGAGAUGUGUUUUUUUAAUUUUUUUAUUUUGCAAUGAGACCUUUUGAUUAUUUUAGGUAAAACAAAGAAAAAAAAGAAUGCCAAAGACAAAAAUGAAGACAAAGCACCUACACCUUUAACACCAGCUUCUCAACCAGAACAACAUGAAAAUAAAAAUGAGACAGAGGACAAAGCUGGGAAUGGGGAGGAGGCAGGGACAGAGGAAGGAGAAGUUGUGGAAACAGCUCCUAAAACUGUAAUAUUAAAUUGAAAACUUCACUUUCAAAAUAAAGUUUUUAAAUUAACAUUUACUAGUGUUCAACAUUAAAGACACAUGUCUGUCAUUGCGUAGGUUUUUAUAGCUCUUCAAGGGACUUAAAAGUUUUUCAUGAUUUCCACUUCAAAUAGAGAUGUUAAAACAUAAUAUCUUAUUAAUUGCAACUUACAAUUCUGGUAAUAAUAUAAUUUGCAUUAUUUGGGAUCUGAGACCUGUGUCAGUUAGCUUUUAUAUUUUUAUAAGUCAAUCUAAACUUGUUAAUUUCAGCUUUCAUCUCACUAUGGUUAUGUAUUUCUUUCAAAUUACAAUAUUUAAUGUUUACAAAAUGUAUUUCUUAUUAAUUAAUUGAAGCUUUAAAACAAUUAGAAUAUUCUUUCAUCAACCUUGGAAAUUAAUGUUUUUUAUACAGAAAGUGAUCAUCCAAAAAGUUAAUCGCACUUACUUGUAUCUGUGCUAUGAACAUCUGCCUGAAGAACACAGUGAUUCAAUGUGCAUAUAUUUCAUGCGUAACACAACUGGAAUGGUUCCAUUACCAGCAACCCUAUCAGAGGCUCAAGAAAUUCUUCCAUCCUAUUUGGAAUAUGGACUUCUCAAUGGACAUUCUCUCAUUAUGUUGGAGCAAAUUAUAACUCAGGUAAGCUGAAUUUAUAUACAUAUGGGAGAAAUUCCCUAUCAGAGGCUGAAGAAAUUCUUCCAUCCUAUUUAGAAUAUGGACUUCUCUUAUUAUGUUGGAGCAAAUUAUAAAUAACUCAGGUAAGGUGAAUUUAUAUACAUAGGGGAGAGAAGUAUAACUUAGGGUAAAGUAUUAAAGCAUCCAGUAGAUCAGAAUAUUUGAUAGAUUUUUAACCACAUAGUGAGUCAAUUCCGCUAGGUUUUAAUGAAUUAUGUUAAACGGUUACAAGAAUUCCAGUUAUCAGUUUUGAAACUGAUAAGUGGUUGCUGAUUUUUAAGAAAUGAUAAUGGAUUUAUUUAUUUAUAUUUUUUAAGAUUUUUUUUUCAAAUCCAGACUUUUAAAAAUAAUUAUUAUGUAAAUAAAAGUCUUAAAACAAAUACAUACAAUAUGGUGAUAUAAAAUAAAUCAAUUGCUUGUAACAACUGCAUAAAAAUGAGAGACGCUUUGACUGAUUUAACUUGAUCACGUAAAUUAAAAUUGAAUAAAAUUUUUUACUAAAUCUAAUUUCACAGAAAAUAAAAUGUAUAUUUAAAUAGACAAUUUAAAAUCAAAGACAUAGACUAUACUUUAAUAAGAGCUUAAUAAAAUUAGAAAACUAAUCAUUUUUAAAAAAAGGUGUUCAUUCAUUUUCUUUUAGGUGUACAUGCCAUUGCUUUCAUACAACCAACACAAAAAUAGUGGUACUGAAUCAGGGACCGCCACAAAGGCACAGUCUCGUUCUGCUAGUCGAGUAGAUACCAGUUCAUCCAUAGGUAAAGAGGAGAGUAAGCAGCAGGGGGUGGUGGUGGAGUCAAAAUCAAAAGCAUUACUCAGAGAUGAAUUUCUAAUCAACAUGCAGAAGUUUGCCGAUGCAAUAGCAAGAACCUUACAACAAAUUGAAGGAGAGGUGAGAGUAGUUUUUUUUUUAAAUAAUAAAAUGUCUUUUAUUAUUUAAUACAAAUUCACAUAACAAUAAAUAAUUAAAUAACAUGUUGGUACAUUUUCAUUAAAAAAAAAUAUGUUUAAGUUAAUAAAAUUGUGGUAAUCUAUAUACAAAUUAAAUGAGAUCUACAUAGAAUCAAAAGUGUGAUGUAAAUAUGCCAAUUUAAAAUUUAAAAAAUCUGCAAUUGUUUAAUUUAAGAAUCAUUUAUUCUCUAAGCAAAUUUAAAAAUCAUUUAUUCUUGAAGCAAAUUUAAUAAUCAUUUAUUCUUUAAGCAAAUUUAAAAAUAAACAAAUCCAGUAUUAAUUGUUUUUAUAGGUUCGUCUGGAAGUGCCAGAUUUAGAAAUCCCAGAUAAUAUUGAAGAGGCUCUUAAAGAUGAAGCUCUAGUUGAGACAAUUCAUGAAAAGUGCCUUGACUGGCAAAGGCAGAUACAAUUCGCCCUAGAGAGCUUGCAGCAGAGGAAACGUCAAGGCAAUGGACCAUUGUCAGAAAUUGACUACUGGCGAGAGAGAAAUGCUGCACUGAGUGCUCUGUCUGAACAGUUGAAGAUUCCAAAGGUAUUUGGUAUAGCCAGCAUUGUGGCUUUUAAUUUUAACUUAGGGAAUUAUAUUUCUGGGACUGAUUAAAGAAUAAUUAAUUUUAAUAAAUAAUAAUCAUCAUUUUUUAAAAAUUACAUUUUUCUCUAGUUGUUUUUAUUUUGUAAAAAUUUUAUUUUAUUUUCCCAUAAUUCUAACUUAAAUCAAUAAAGAGUCUUAUUUUUUUUUAGAAAUUUCAUUUUUUUGUAAAAUUGCUUUCAUCAGAAAUUGUGAUUCAUUAUCACCCAACAUUUAUUUAACAUGUACCUGCGAAUUCCACACUAUCGUCACAUUGUGAUGGUCGGAUUCCAGCACAAAAAAAAAACCUCUACAGUCAUAGCUUAAUUUGCAUCAGCCUAAGUUACCUGGCUAUUAACUUGUGUUCACAACCCCUGUUAUCAUAAUGGCUAUCCCUGAAAUUUAUUCUGUUCUAAUUUGUAAAUAAAUGUUAACAGAUAUUUUUUUAACUGGACAGUAUAUAAUGGAACACAGAUAUUAGUAGUUUGUUGAAUUUUAAAAAAAUAAUUUUUUGUUUCUUGUCAAGGUCAUCCGAAUGAUUGAAAUCCAUAUAGCAGCCGAUGGUGACUUUGAGGACACCCAGUCUGAACUGAACAAAUUCUAUGUAGAAGCCAAGGACAAUGUGAGAUUCUUAUCUACACUGGAGAGACACUUCAAGAAUAUCACAUAUGGCACAACAUUCCAGGUCGGUCCAUUCUAAGAUUCCAUCUCAUGUCAUUAUAAAAUAGGUUGCUACCUUCCAACUCAAGCCAUUCUAAAAUAUGUUGUUACAUUCCAACUUAGAUCAUUCUUUAAAUAUUUAACAUUCAUCCAAUUUUCAAAUUCAUUACUGAAUUCCAAUUCAUUUAAUUCUAAUAAAUUCAUGUUUUGCCAACAUGAGCGAUCAGUAAUAGACAAGUCUUAUUUUAUUUUAUAAGGGAAUUUGGGAUGUCUGGCUUACUUGGCUCUCAUCAUUAAAUGAGAGGUACAGGCCUGCAUGUAAUACAUGCUGAUGGAAAUAAUUCAGACCAGUAAUGAUAUGGCAAUGAAUAAACUUCUAUGAAUAUAUCAUAUCAUAACUUCUGGCAGAAACUAAAUUUGCUGUUCAAAUAAAUAAAAGUACUGAAAUAAAAAAAUUUUCUUCUCAAGUUAGAGAGGUUGUUAAAUGUUAUGUUGAAUUUCAUUGGUCAGGUGGUGACUGAGACCAUCCCAUCAAUGAUGAAUGCAUUGAGAAUGGUGUGGAUCAUCUCUCGGCACUACAACAAAGAUGAGAGGAUGGUGCCCCUGAUGGAAAGGAUUGCUUGGGAGCUGGCCGAGCGGGUCGCUCGGGUCAUCAAUGUACAGGAACUAUAUGAGUGAGUUUUACUUUACUAGAUAAUGAACGGACACAUCAACGAAAGACCUCAAGUUUUUGUUAUCGUUGAACUCACAUAGCAUGAGACUACCUGUUAUUAUAAUUUAUAAAGAAAACCCCCCUCUUCAAACAGCAAUGAAACUAAUGUUUACCUUUUUAUUUUAGCUCUAUGAAUAUCUAUGGUUUAUUGGGCAUUAUUCUAUUGAAAAAGACAAUUACUUGAGGUAAUGCUAACCACAACAGAAAUAAAUUUCAUAGAUAGUGAAAGUUGAUUUCUAACCUACAUGUACUAAUAACUUUAUAACAAUCAUAGAGCAUGGGUAGAAAAUUAAAACAUUUGAGACUCAAAGUGCUAAAGACUAAUAUAUCUGUUUGUGCGAUGAUUUCAUACAGAGACCAGUAAUUAUUGUUUUUGACUGUAAUAAAUUUGGUUAAAAAUUAUGAUAAAGGUUUUUGUGGGCAAAAUAAUGCAGACAGCAUAUCUAAAUAAAUUAAAUUUCUUCAUAUCUCCUUAAGGGUUUUGAAAAACUUUACUGGCAAGGGCUUUUGCUGAGUUCAAUAUUGAAUCUAUCAAAAUAUAUACACAAAGACUCAUAUGCAGAUGGCAACCAAUUGUUUAAUUAAACAAUAUUUUUAGCUAGAAACUCAAUGUGGCUUUUAGAAAUCAUGUGCAAAAUAAAUAUUUCAGCCUCCCCCCAGAAGAAGUGAAGCAGAGAACAUCAGAGGCUGCAAAAAUGCUGACAACUUGGCAAGAUGUCUAUCUGGAGGUGCGCCAGAAAAUUGAAAAUUCAGGUCGAGAUCAACGCUGGGAAUUUGACAGGAAGAAACUGUUUGAACGUACAGACUACAUGAAAACCAUUUGUCUAGAGCUCCAUGAGAUUGCACAGGUUAGGUUUUGUUACCAGAUAAUAAUUGAACUACAUAGGAGACCUCCAUAGUUUUUUUAAUGUGUUUUGUUACUUAUUCUGCUUCUAUUUGUUUUGUUUUUUUGCUGAUGAACGCUCUGAGUCGAAACGUCCAAAUCUUUUGUCAUUUUGUUACCAACCAGAGUAACUGUCAAAGAUAUGCCUUUAAGGAGUUAGGAUGUCUUGGUUCAUUUUUAAAAUACUUUAUUCAUCAAAAGCAUUUAAAUUAUAGCACAAUACACAUUUUGGUCAAAGAUAACAUACAAAUCAUUUUGUCAGAGUUAUUUAAUUUUUUAAAACUUAGAUGGCUACAAAUAUGUUUUUUUUAAAUUAUAUAUAUCUUAGUUAUUCAUGAACUGACUAUACUGCUAACAUCUUGAUUUAUAAAUUAGACCCUUUACAGAUACAUUUUAUGAUGAAGAUUUAUUUCUUCUAUAGUAAUGGUUUUCCUAUCUUGCUCAUCGCUUUUACCAGAUUUAUUUCAGUCAUUCUAAAAAGAAUUUGUUUUUUCUUUAGGUUCUUGAAGAGUUUUACAAUAUCUUUGGCCCGGAACUGAAAGCUGUCACUGGGGAUCCUGGUCGCAUAGAGGAAGUCAUACUCAGGGUGGAUCAGCUGGUCGACCCAAUUAAACAGGUGAAUAUGGGGGGGGGGGGGGGGGGGGAAUUCACCAAGUAAAACAGGGUUUUAUUAAACAGUCUCUCAGCUAAAUUAAGGGAUGAACUUUUUUACCCAAAAAUUUGGAGCUUAUUUUUAUUUUUUAAAGUGGGUGAGGGGGGGGGGGGGGGGGGGGGGAAUUCACCAAGUCAAACAGGGUUUUAUUAAACAGUCUCUCAGCUUAAUUAAGGGAUGAACUUUGUUACCCAAAAAGUUGGAGUCUAUUUUUAUUUUUCCUAAUGGUUAAUAUUGUUUCAUGUUUUUUCAGAUAACAUUUGAUGCAUUUAGCCUUAAAGAUGGCCAGCAGUGGAAAAGAUUAAUAACCAAUUUCCACAAAGAAGUUACAGAGAUUGAAAAUGAGGCUAAGGCAUUUAUUGAUGAAUCCUUCAAAUCUCUCAGAUCAGCUGAAGGUGCAUUUGACAUGCUGCUUAAUUUUAAACAUCUGAGGUCAAGAGAAGCUAUAAAUAACCAAAUGAUGCAAAAGUUCAAAGAUAUCUUAGUGCAAUAUGGCAAAGAGGCAAGUGCUGGUUUGUUUUUUUUUUAGUUAUUUGCCCCCACCACUUUUCUAUUUUCUAAUAAAUAUUUAUUUGUUUAAAUCACUGGUAAAUGACACCAAGUAAAAGGAACUUUUCUUUAUUUUGUGACAUCAUCACAGCCCUGUCCUUGAAUUAGGAGCUAGUUUAAAGUUAUAAGUUUUUAGGGCUGGUCCUUAUAUUCAUUAUCUUGCUUAUUAAUUGUAUAGGCUGUAAGCUACUUUUUACUUAUCCAUAGCACAAAUAAGACAUGUGUAUUCAGGGGCAAUAAAUAAAUAGCAGAGCUUCAACCUUUAGAGUUUUACAUUUAAACUUUAAAGUUUCCUAACCCCUCUGGAGCAGAAGUGCAGUUUGUACUAUCAACUCACUAAAAACAGUUGACAUGUUGCUUCGUGAAAAUGUAAACCAUUAUUUUUUUGUUGCUUCAAGCAUGUUUCUUGAGGGAAUAAUUUAUUACCCAACAAAGCUUCAAAAAGCUAUUAACAAUUGCUAACAUGCUUCAGUAUGGAUUCUAAGAAUAAAAUAUAAUUGUUUAAGAAAAACUUUCACUUUGUGUGUUCUUUUUUGUUGAUGUGAUAUAAUAAUUAGAGACCUGAAGACAGUGGCAUUGCACAGAAUCAGUUAAAAAACUGUUACAUUAUUUGAUAAUAAGUGAGGAAGGGGGGUGGGGAAUAGGCAGUCAGGUUAGGUAUAAGAAAAAUAUGUGAAACAAGGUAUAGGAAAACCUGAAAAAAAGACACAACUACAUUCCUCUUGCUGUCCUCCAGGACACUUCUUUUCAGCUAAGUGUUUAUUUUUAAUUUUUAUAUUAGUGUUACUUGAUUGUUCGUUGAAUAAGACUUCUUGGCGACAUAUUCAUUGUUUCAUUGUGUCCCUUUUUCAGGUUUUCCCAUACCUUGUUUCACACAUUUCCUUAUAUUUAUUUGCACUGAAACAUUAACUUUUCAACUUUCAGGUGGACACGAUGGAUCAACUUUUCAAAGAAUUCAAAGAUGGUCCACCCCUCAACAAAAACUAUCCCCCCAUAGCAGGUUCAAUAUUCUGGACAAGAUCAUUAUUCCAUCGCAUCAAACACACUGUAAUCAGAUUUCAAACUUUGGAAGAGAUGAUGGUGACAGAUAUGGGGAAAACAGUAAGUUAAUGUUGUGAAUUUACAUUAAAUUCAUAAAACAAGUGGCAUGGGGGGUGGGGAGGAGAGGGAGACAAAAUAACAAACUUUCUUAUUUGACUUAUUUUUGUAAACUGACUGCUGCUUUAGGCUAUGGCCACCUAAUGUAUCUUCUGUCUGUCAACUGCUUCUGUGGGAGUUGUCUACAGACCCUUCUCUUAUUGUUCUGCAACUGGUCAUUUUGGACUGUACUAUGCGCUGUCAUGGGAAAUUUAAUUUUUUUGUUGGCUUUUCAAGAGAUGUUCGAUAAAAAUGAAGUAAAAUUUGUUGAUUUUGAGCUUCCAAAAUGUUAAGAAAAACAAGCAAAAUUUGGAACCGCAACACUGUUAGUCAGUUAAAGCAUUUGCUUAUUUAUGUCAACCUCACCAAAUAAUGAGAAAAACAACUUGAUUAUUUUGAACAAGGAUUAUUGGGCAAUGUUGAAAGGAAUAUGGAAAAUCUCUAACUAAUGAAUAAAACUGAAGAAAUUUGAAAUAAAAAUUGGUUACAAAGGUAUAAAUAUCAUUUUAUUUGAUCUCAACCAAGUUAUUUUUGUUUGCUGAACUUGUAGACCAGGUCCAAGUACCUUUCAGUAGCCAGAAAUAUGCGGGCAUUUGAGGACUCAAAGUAUGAACUGUGGAAAGAAAAUGUGGAGUCCACUUUGCCAGGACUACUUAAAAGGAACCUUCUAGUCAAACGAACUUCCCAGGUUUCACCAAUAGCUCAACAAGCCUCCAUAGCCAUGUCAGCCUUAGGGGAGACAACAGAUGACAGGAACUCUGUGGGAGAGAUUCAAGGUAGAUGAAAUGUGGUUUAAUAGAUAAUUUUAUUGCAUACCCUUACUAACAGAUCAAGCUGUUAAUUCUUCGUAACUAAAUUCAGACAAUGAUAAAAAACAAUUUAUUCACAAAAAUUAAAGUACAGCUAGGUCUAUUAAAGAAAUUUUAAAUAAAUAUUCUUAGAAAAUGUACUUUGUACUUAUUUUUAAUGGAUGAAAAUAUAGUUUCCACAUAGGCUAAACUUACCGUUUAUUUUUCUAUACUACUUGAAAGAUUUUAAUUUUUAUGUUUCAUUAAAAUUAUGACAAAAGAUAAAAAUGUGUUUUCCUCUUUCAAUGCCAAUAAUUCAUACAUCUAGAUAAUUUGUCUUUAUAAAGUUUUUUUAAAAUUUUAAAGCAAUUUCAGUUGCAUUUAAAAUUGACAAGAAAAGUGAAUGUGUUUGAAUCAUAUCAUUUGUAUAACAUUGACAUUGUUUUUAUCUGCUUGUUUAGUCUGUAAUUUAUAGCUACAUAAAUCUGGAAAGGUAGUCCUUGUUGAGGUUUUCCAUACAUGUUAUGCAUCUGUUAUGUUAUAUACAUUAGGAAUCAUGAAAGAAAAAAAUGCACCAACUGAGAUGGCUUUGCAGUGUAAGUUUUAUUUAGCUGAUAAGUUUUUUAUUAUUUUUUAAAACUUUAUUUCAUCUCAUUAGCAAAAUUACAUCUUUUCAGCUACUCAAAAUUAGACAUUCUUAAAUGAUUUUUUUACAUUUUUAAAAUAUUUUUAAUAGCUUUCUUGACAUCAUUUUUUUCUAGUUUAAAUUUUAAAAUAAUAUAUUAAUUUCUAAUACCUUCCUUAAAUCUGGAGAUUUUACUAUUUAGUCAAAUAUAAAUAGAAGCCUUUACCUAUUCACUUAAAUAUGAAUUUGAAUGACAUUUUGGAAUUCAGAAACAAGGUAAAGAUUCAUAUGAGCCCCAAAAAGCAUCUGUUGCUGUCUCAUCUUCUUAAAUUUUUAGAUUUGACUUGUACGCUAUUGUCAUUUACAGUGUUGAUGUCUGGUGACUGACCUCAUGAGGAAACACCUGCUAAUACAUUUGUAUUAAUUUUUUAAUGUGCCAAUCUGUUUCAAUUGUAGCAUACCUUUUGGAGAAUACAGAUAGUUCAUUUCAUUUACUUUUUGGUAGUGUUAGAAUAUUCCAUGCAUCAAGAAUUCUAACAAAUAUAUUUAUUUCCUUGAUCUCAAAUUUCUUUUUAAUUUUUCAAAGGGAUUUUUUCUUACUUCUUAGAUCUCUACAAAUUUAUAUGAAUUUUUAUUACAUUUAGAGGUCAAAGAGCUCUUUUAAAAUGUACUAAUAUAUGAAAUAUUAAAGUUAAAUAAAUAGAUUUAAAAAUAUAUUUAAAUCUAUAGUUUAUUCCAAUCUCAUAUUUAAUAUCUCUUUAGUUUCUUAUUUUGUUUAGGUUUUAAACUUUAAAUGCUAAAAAUUAUCCUGUCAUACUUGAAUUUUAAGAACUACAAAGUCCUCUUUCUUAAAUUUUAUACAAAUGUAAAGAAUUUUUCACUGAUUUAUUAUAAUUUUUUAAAAUUUUCAUCAUUGAAAUUAGAUUACAUUAGAAGAAAUUUGAAAAAGAAGAAUUGUAAAACAAUAUUCAAUGAUUUUGAGCAUUUAACAUCUAAGGGUUAGACAAAUACUUUAUUAGUAUUCUUUAAUUUUCUUUUUUGGUCUUAUCAAGAGCAAAAUUAAAAAGUAAAGUAUGUCUAAUUAUUUUGAACAAUUUAUAUUUAAUAUCUCAGGGCAGAUAUAAAAAUGUUUAAGAACUAAGAUCUAUUGAUUUAUUUUAAAUUCUGAAAGAUUUUAUUCACAACCUAUUCAACCAACAAAAAACAUAAUGGAUCUCAAAAUAAUAAUAUUAUAUGAGCAGGCCAUUGAACAUUUCUAAAACAUUAAUUGGAAAUCAGUAUUAGCAAUAAUCAUUCUUACUAGUCAAAAUAUACUUGACUUCUGCUACCAAGUAGGCUUAUAUCUCUACAUGCAAUAUUACUUAUGAUUGCUAAAAACAUAAUGAUGCAAAAAAAAAAAUUAAUUAUGAGGCUUUCUCCACACCUAAUUAGGAUUGUCUAGAAUAAGAGAUUAAAUUUUUUUUAAAUUCUUUUAUUUUAUUUAAUGAUAUUGUUUAGCUCAAAUGAACAGCAUUUGUUUAUAUUAAAAUUCAGUUUUAUGAAAGAACAUCAUUUGAUUAUAAUACUUUUAUGUACAACUAAAAUAACAAUCUGUUGUUAUUACUCAAGCAUAUCUCUUGCAUUUCCAUUACAAAUAUUAAUAUAUCUUAUUGCAUUAAAAUAUGUAGACCUAUGUAAAGUGUGGUUUAAGGACACAACCAGCAAAGAAAUUAUUAUUUUUUGGGGGGUUUGCAGCCGUAGGUAAAUUUCUACAGUUUUAAAGUUUUAGCUUACAUAUGAUUAUUAUAUCCUUGAUUUUAGAAGAAAAAUCUGUCAUUUCCCCCUGAAGAUUUCUUCAUUCCAUUUCAGAUCCAGAAAUCAGAAUGAAGCAACUGUAAUAUAUUCUACGUGAUACACCACUGUCCACAUUAAUUAGACUCUGAAAGUUGUUUUUGUGUGUUUACAACCUGGAUCAAAAAAUUAAUGUCCAGUCAUUUGCAUUUUAUGUAUGUGAGUCAGUUGUUGAGGUCUAAAGAAAAUGGAUGUCAAUUAAAUAUUUCAAUCUUCAACAUGAUCUAAAUGACGCUAUAUCAGCAUCUAGGAACUGAUAUUUUAAAAUAUUAAUUCUUGCCAUCUGCUCAACCAGUAAUGAACACAGAGGCAAAAUAUGUGGUGGACUUUGACCUUAGACUGGCAGAAAUCAUAGCAGAAACCAAAUAUGUUGAAUCACUUGGCUUCACAGUCCCAGAACUUGCAAGAAAUGUUGCUUUACAGGUAUGUUGUUAUCUAAAUAGUUACAUUGCUGAAAAGUUUCUGAUUUGAAAAAAAGGGAAGUCUUACAUUUGAUUAAAUUGUUAACUUUUAUUUUCAUUAGGAAGAAAAGUAUAUUCGGUAUGUUGAUGGAUUGUCCCGUAUGUUGCAUCGCUACCAUGCUGUACUUGCUUCUCUUGACUAUGCAGAGGUACGUACUGACAGACAUAUUUAAAAUCAGUUUGAAUUUCUACAACUGUACUCAAUAUUUUACAGUUUUUCAUUUUUGGAAUAAAUUCUGUUUGGUUAAGUCCAGAUCAAAAUAAGAUCCGUAGAAUUAACCUAUUUACUUUACAUUAUAAAAUUAACUAAUUAUUUUUUCUUAAUACACUGUUUUAUUUUCUUUAUUCAUUGAAUAUUGCAGCAUUUUAAAAAAAAUUUGUUCACAGGCCACUCUUCUUGAAGACCACAAAAGAGAUUUAAGAAGAAUGCUUCGACCAGGUUCGAAACGUCUGAACUGGAAUUCUCUGGGCAUCAACGACUACAUUGCUAAAUGUGACUCGGUCAGUAUCAUAUUUAUUGUUGCAGUUUAAUUAAUUGGGGUCAGAUAUUGAUAUUUAGUCUUACAUAAGUCAUGUAGUAUAUAAAGAAAUCACGGGGCUAACUCUAAUUUUCUUUUUACAGAAAAUGUAAAAAAACUCCUAAAUCUUUAAUUUAUAAUAGAAAGAGAAGUGGCUAAAAAUUAUAUUUAAUAAAAUCGAGAAAAAUAAAUGAGGUUAUUACAUAUUUUUACAGGCUAUUGCCAAAUUUGAGUCCUUGGUGCAUCAAAUUCAGAAAAAUGCCAGAGACAUCAACCAACGCUUGAGUAUUAUUGAACAUGCCAACCUGUUCAAGACACCAAAACCAAAGUAUCCAGGACAUUUACAUUCCUGCAAGGUAAAGCUCAUGCACAAAAAAGUAACAAGACUCAGGCAUGUGAAGUGUCAUUAGACCUGCUAAUCUCAAAGCAAAUAUUUUAAUUAUUGCUUUUUUUAGAAUAUAUUUAUAAAUAGUUGAGCUCUUUACAGAAGAAAACAGAAAGUAACUGAACUCAUCGUGGAUUUAGUUCAGAUGUCUAAUAGCCUAUCUUAAACUUCAUUUUGGAAUACAUUUUUUAACAUUUCAUUUUUAUUUCAGAGCUUUUAUUGUACGGUUUAAUUAUUUUAAUUUUCCAUUAUACUACUUUCUUUUUUUAGGAAUAUUUUGAAUAUAUUGAACAAGAAAGAGUCAAGGACCUGGAGAUUAUGGCCCGCAAAUAUAGAGCCAUUGGACCUCUGUUAACAAAAAUGGAGGGUUUGGUUGUUCACACCAACACAGGCCGCUCCCCAAAGAUGGCCCGAUACUAUGCAUUCUGGGAGAGAAAAGUCUUUGAAGCCCUCACUAAGGCAAGAAUUAGUUAAUAAAAUUUUUCAUACAACAUCAGCUUUUUUUUCUUUUGCAUAUUUCCUCAUCAUAUAUCAAGACUGCGUUUAAUUGUGAUAUUGAAACCAAAUACACAUUUUCAAUUAAUUUUACUUUUAGAAGCCAUAUUACUCACUACUUUAAUGGAGGAUAUGGAGCAGGGAAUGUGAACCAACAAGAUUAGUCUGUUUCAAAGUUUAUAGAAAGAUAAAUGAAAUCUCUAUUGAUGUUUAUUAUAAAUUUUGUAAUUUAUAUUGAAAGAAAUUUUGUGAAUUUAGUUAGAUUCAAUAACUUAUAAUGGAAUUUUUAUUAUUGGAGUAGUAAGCAGCUGUUUGUUACAAUUUUAUUUAAUUAUUUGAUUGUUUGUAUUCAUAACCAAUGUUUCAGAUGACCCUCAACAAUCUGGCGAAGUUCAGUGCUGCCCUCAAGACCAAUAUUCCUCUGUUCCAAGUGGAGUCCCUGCUCGCUCCACCUGAUGUUGUCUUACAUCCUCAAGCCAAUGAAGUCUAUAAACUUACUGUUCAGUGUGUCAGGGAUUGUCUUGAAGGGUUGGUAUCUGAGUUUUACUUUUACUGGUUUUAAAUUUAUUUAAUUGAAAAAGCCAUUUUGAUGCUGUUUGCUAAGAACAGACUUAUAUCCCCAAGUGUUUAAAAAAUUAUUUAGAAAUCUGAUAUGUUGUUCUAUCUAUGGCAUUUGUUAUGUUGCUGUUUAGUUAGAUUUUGUAAAAUUUAAUAAAAUUGUAUUUCUUGAUAAUUUUUUGUAGUAAAAAGUAAAUGCUGGUAAGUUGGAAAUUGUAAUGACCUAUUGUCUAAUCAAUACAAAAAAUCUUUGAGUGCAAAUAAUACAAGAUGAGUCAAUUUUGAGUGAACUAAAAUAAUUUGCUUCACAUACAUUUAUUAAUGAAAUUGCCUCCUAACAGAAAUUUGUCUUUAUUUGUUAGAUCCAAAUCUUUUAUCCGGUGGCUAAAUGGCAGUUGCCAGGAGAGUCAGCCACAGAAAGUUGACGGGGAAGAUGAACUUUUUGUGUUCAGUUUCUUCAUGGACAUGGCCAUGAACCAGGACAUUAUUGAGACCAUCCAAAAAGUUCAGAAUGACAUCAAGGGAACUUUGACUGACCUGAGGAGAUUUUUGACCAGGUGGAAGAAAUACAGAAAUGUUUGGAAAGUUGACAAGGUAUACUAUUUUUUAAAAAAAACUUUUAACAACAGCAGCAAUAGUCAAUCUUUAUACUAAAUAUAAAAUUUACUUUAUCAUAUGGUAGUUUUUUGAUUUAGGCCUACCUUAAAUCAUAGAAGGGAGAGAAAUUCAGACAUUGGCUACUCCUUUUUUUAUACUUUCUGACACAGACUUAAAUUUGCAAUCUAGUUACAGCUUAAAAAAUAUAUGGAGCAUUGAUGACUGGCUUGGAUGAUUAAUUCAAAGAUAGCUGUCAAAACCUACAUAAUUCUAAUCACUUCUACAGGCAUCCCACUUUUUUUUGGCAACAAUAAUAAUAAAAUAUUGUUUACAUUCACUUUGAGUUUUAUAAUCUCUUAUUUGUGCCAAUAAUACUUAAAUCAUGUGGUUUAUGAAGCAUUUUUAUUUUGAAAAAAAAAAAUUUUUAACAGAGAAAAGCUACAUUUAAUAUGUGCCGUAACCUUUUUAGAGUGUCGUUUAUAUUACUUUUUUUUUUUCAAUUACAUGUACAGCAAGCAAUAGCAGAAAAGUGGAUGCAGAAGAACCCAAGUUCUGUUGAGUUUGAUGACAGACUUCAGUUUUACUACAAAACUAUUGAGGACAUUAAUGCAAUGAGUGAAUUUCGUGAUCAGGAUUGUAUACGUUUGCAUAUGUCCUCUCUUGCAAGUGCAGUUAAAGAUCAUGCUAGGGAAUGGAUCAAAACUAUAGGCAAAUUACUUCAGGAUUCAGCAAAAGAGAUGCUGACAAGCACACAUAAGCUCCUUGAUGUAAGCUAAAUUAGGCAUAAUUGAAUGGGCUUGUCACAAAGGAACUUAAUGUCAAAACAGGGGCUUAAUAUCCAUUAAUUAGAUCCUAUUUUUUAAAACUCAAUCACCUAUGAAGUAAAGAGAUGUAAGACUAACAUUUCUUUUCAUAUUUUAAAAUACAUAUUUGCGAUCCAUUUAUGUAACUUUUGAUUUCGUCAUGUAAGGUAAAGAUUUUUUUUUUUAAUUGAUUUUAUUGACAAAUAAACUGGAAAUUCUGAUUUAAGUGUUUAACAAUUCAGAAUUAUAUAUUAGUCUAAUACACCUUUAAAAAACACCUUUAAAAUUUCCUAAGGAUAAAUCUGAUGACCUAGAGCAGACUCCGUCGACCUUGGAUGACCUCAAAUCUGUCCUGUCCACCAUCUCUGACAUUAAGUCGAUGUCACUUGAUGUCAUGACCAAAAUUGCAGAGAUACAGGAGAGGUACAGGACCCUGGCCAUGUACAAUAUACCUGUAAGUUUGAUCACAGUUUAUGUAAGCUUAACACUGUUUACAUUGAAUUUUUCAGUGACUUCUCCAGAACUUAUAUAUGUAUAAAUUUCAUGUUACCAAGUUUAAAUUUUAGAACAUAUAUGCUUUCAAUUUUUCUGUUUAAUUAUAUAUUAAAGAUAUAUUUUUUUUUUUCCAAGUUUAAUGAAGUAAAACCAGCAUGUUACAUAUAUUUAUUAUCAUUAUCUAUAAUUACAUUUAUUAAUUACUAAUCUAUUGUUACAUUUAUUUAUUAUUAAUCUAUUAUUACAUUAUUAUUGAAAAAAAGAUUGAUGAAAAGGAACAAGAACUGCAAACUCAGCUGCCUCAAAUUUGGGAAGACCUGGUCCUUAAAUCCAAGAAUAUUGAUGCCAGUCUAGUCAAGGUCAAGAGAAAGUUCACAGAGGUUUGUGAGAAAACAUUGUUCCAGAUGUGAAACCGAUUUGUUUUUUGUUUAAAAACUUACAAAGAAUCGACUACUCUCAAAUAAACACUAGAACCUAAAAGGCAUUCUUAAAAUGUAAAAUAUUUGUUUUGUUUAAUCUGUUUUUUAAUCAAGUUUUACAUAUGCUGCAAAACUAUUAAAUGUCAUAUGUGAUAUUUUUUCUUUCUGCUGUUGGGUUUAUUUUUUCUUAAUGAAUUUUAUAAUACGAACGUAAAAUAGGCUUAUAGUUUUAAUUAUUCAAUGUAUUUGAGAUGCAACCUAUCAAUAAAAUAACAAACUUGCUAUUUAGUUUAUAUGAAACUGAGCCAUAAACAUAUUUUUAUUCUUAAAUUAGAUCACACAAGAUCAAAUAUCUGAAUUUAAAACAGCCCUUACAGACUUUUCAGACAGAUUUUUGUUGGAAGGUCCUGGAGCUGUUGGGGAAGAUUUGGAUAAAGGUCUGUUGAUUAUUGAAACAUUUCUAUUACCAAACUUUUAUAAAUGAAAAGCUUUAGUUAUAAGAAACAUUUAAAAAAAUUAAAAUUGAGAUUGUUUUGGAAAGAUCAUUUGAAAUCUUGACACUCUGAAAAAAAAUCAUUUCUAAUCUUACUAUUUUCAAUGUGGGUUAAUUUUAUGGCAGUAAAUUUUAAAUAAAAUAGUUCAACUCAAAGUGUAGAAAUGUUUCAAUUGUUAAGAAUAUGUUUUAAAGUAGAAGAGUUAUUUUUAUCUUUAAUCAAUAAAGUAAAAUGUUUUCUUAAAAUAGCUUGAAAGCACUCCUUAAUUUAUUGACCAGUAGUAGUGUGGCAAGUGAAAAGUCAUAAAUAAUUAGAUGACUCACAGAGGAAAAAUUUAUUUUUAUGCACCGCAGGUGUUGAGCUGCUGAAGCUUUACAAAGAGGAAGUCCAUGAGCUGGAGACCAACAAACAAGAACUUACCAAUGCUGAAAAACUCUUUGAGCUGCCCAUCACUAUGUAUCCAGAACUGUUGAAAAUCCAGAAAGAGAUGUCUGGGCUGGAAUCUAUUUACCAGCUUUAUGCAGAACAGAAGGUAGCUAAUGGACAAAAGAUUCUUCUUUUGAGAUAGGAUAAUAUACUAUCUAGGGAUAUUGAAAUAAGCUAAUGUAUAUGUAUGGGGAUUUUUUUAUAAAGAGCUUAGUUAUGAUAUAUAAGUGGGCAUUUUGUGAUAUAGAAAUAAAGGAAGAUAUCCUAUAAUUUGGGUCAACUUAUGGUUUAGUGGUAAGAUAUCAUAUAUUACAUAUAUAAUAUGGGCCUACUUAUAAAAAAAGUAAGACAUCAUUAUACAUAUCUUUAUAUGGCGAUCUUCUGAUAAAAGAAAGUAAAAAUUAAAAUUCAUAGCACUCAGUUAUAAGAUCAAAUUAUAUCUUUCCUGGUAGUUUAAAAUGGUAUAUUUUGUAUAAUUGUAGUAGAGCGGUGGUUGUUUAGGGUUGCCUUAGGUGACAACGCCAAAACACUGUAGUAGUGUAAAUUGACCCUGCUCGCAGCGCCAAAAACUGUAGCCGAGUGGAUGACGUUUAGCUUACAGUUUUAUAAAUAAGAUCAAAAUCAAAAUGAAACAAUCAGGUCUUGAGGACUAUAGCUUUUUAAUUAAUGCUCUCCUAUGAUGAAAACAAGAAAACAGGACACUAUGAACUAUGGAGAAGAAGCCUAUGAAGAAAAAGGCUUCUAUGAAGAAAAAGGGCUUCUAUGAAGAAAAAGGACAAUAUCUGAAAAUAAACAAAUAGUACAGGUCAACAAUGUCCUGACUAACUACUAACAUAGCUAAAAAUAAACAUGUUACAUAACCACGUAAUUACAGGUGGCGACAACAUAUACUUAAUUAGAAAGCAUGAUAAAUGAUACGUACGUAGUAUUGUUUUAUACACAUGGCAAAGAUAAUUAUCUUGUACUACGAAUGUUUUAACUAUAAAAGAAACCACGUGCAGUGUUUAAUUUGAAACACGUGCACAGUGUUAAUGCUACACACAGAACCAGAGUGCGAUGUGAGGGCUAACAUAAACUUUAAAGAUCUUGAAGUUAUUAUAGUAUGCCAUCCAGGUAUGGUGUCUAUGUAAGAAGCACCCAUAGCAGGACAGUACAUACAAUGGUAUAAAGUAUGACCACCGUUGGCUUGAUACUUGUAUCUGCCCAUCGCUGUGUCUUGUUAAGACAACAGCAGAUUGCAGAAUGAAUCAUUAUAUGGAAUAUGAUCCUCACACAUGCACCAUUUCCUAUGUGAGAAUUUAGCACACGGCAGGAAAGUUAUCCUAUUACACAUAUUUGACGGACACUCGCUGGUUGUAUACUGUUGUAUCAAUAGCUUAUUUUAUAAGCGCACUGCAGUAUGUGUACCCAGAACGAUAUGCAGUUGUUUGUUACGCUCACAAACCCUGGUCACUGGUAUCUAAUUUAUUAAUCCUAUUAAAGAAUUUAUUUACCGGUUGUAUGUUAACCUUUAAAAUAGCCUGAGCAUAAGUCUACACGCUGUAGGUUAUUCUACACUAUAUCCUGGCUAUAAGUCUGAACAGAAAUCUUCUAAUGCUAACACUCAACAAGUUCCUACUAACCACAAAGAAAUAAAAUGGCGUAUUUGCCUCUACUUACAGAGCGUUCCAAUGGGCCGCACUGAACAAAGGCACACUGCAGGGAUGCCGACCAAUCUCGAAUGACCCCCCAAUUUAGUGUGCUCCCCCUUUUAAAGCCUUGCGCGGACAUAUGAGAGAGCUUCUCCGUCAGACUAAACCAAGUCGGUCUACGUUUUGCCUUCUGGCCAGUUUCCUGGGAUAAAAUGCCUAACUCUGGGGACUAAUCCCGAGUAAUAAUUAAAAUCUCUGACCAAAGCCCUAACGACUUAUAUGUGAUCUGUGCAGUUUUAUCUCAGCUAUCUAAGAUACUAUUUUAUAUUUUUAUUAGUUAAAUAGUUCUUGAGAUAUUUUAACUAGAAGGGGUGGGGACCACUAUAAAUGAAGGCGAAAACUCCUUUAAUGACUAAAUGUUAAAAUAUUCUCCAACGAUGGAAACUUGUAAAUAUGCUAAGGUAUAGUGAAUAAAAUCCCCUUUCUAACUAGAUAUAAUUUAUAACUUAAUACGCUAGGGUUCCCGAGAAAUAAAUUAUUGAUUUUCUAACUAAAGCGCACAUCGUGGUAUUCUAUUAUUUCCCCCCUAUGGGCAGGAGAAGCCGGCCGUAUAGAGACCGCCGGGUGGGGUGAAAGGGAUACCUGAGUUCAACAUUCCGAUCCAGUGCUAGGCGAGGUCACACCGCGCGACCUCGCGUUGGGCGCCAAACAUGGUUGUACUAAUAACGGUUGUCUCAAAAUAACGGGCUAACGGGGCAUACACUGCCACAUAAUGGUUAAACUUGUUGCCUGUAAAACUUGAAAGUUAAUGACUUUGUUGUGUCUAUUAAUUAGGUUGCCAGAGAGCAGUGGUCAGAGACCUUGUGGGUCAAUCUAAAUGUUCAGAUUCUACAAGACGGCAUUGAAGGAUUCUUAAAAACAUUAAGGAAACUUCCAAGGGACAUUCGACAGAUGCCAGUUGCUCGAUGCUUGGAGGACAAAAUGAAAGAGUUUAGAGAUUCUCUCCCCUUGUUUGGAGACUUGAAACAUGAAGCUUUACGAGACCGUCACUGGAAAGAACUUAUGGCCAAAACUGGACAGAAAUUUGAUAUGAACCCUGACACAUUCACACUGUCGAAUAUCUUUGCAAUGGAGCUUCACCGCUACAAAGAUACCAUAGCUGAAAUUGUCACCUGCGCUUCCAAGGAAAUGGGCAUUGAAAAGGUAAAAUACAAAUUGGUACUAGACCUUGUGACACAAAGAGAUCCUGUGACAUAAAGAGAACUUGUGACAUAAAGAGAACUUGUGACAUAAAGAUAACUUGUGACACAAAGAGACAAUUUGAUCUGAUGAAAGUAAAAUAUAUUUUUUUCAAAUUCAUACAUUUCAAAAUUUCUUAAUAAACUUUUUCUUUUUCAACUUGGAUAUGGCCUAGACUUACUCUUUUUUUGGAAUAUAAAAAUUGUAGGCCUACUUGAUAAUUUCAGGAUAAAGUUAACUACUGAUCUCAUUUAUAAGUAAACAUUUUUUAUUCUGAAUUUGUUUUAUUUGCUUCAGGGUGUGAGGGAGGUGGAGGAAACGUGGAACAACAUGAAGUUUAGUGUUCAGUCGUACAUGAAGGGUACAUCCAACAGAGGCUUCAUACUUGGAGCAGUGGAUGAGGUGCUCCAGAGUCUGGAUGACUCAUCCAUGAACCUGCAGGUAUGUCAGGAAUUGUUUUUUUUAUAUGGAAGUCUAAUGUUUAUAAGGGUAUUAUGAAAUGGCUGAUGAACUUGUGCUCCUCUGAAAUUUAAUUUUUUUUUUAAAUAUCUUAGGGAUAAGACAACAGAAAAUACUAUUUUAGGGACAAGACACUAGAAAAUAAUAUCUACUUCUUUGUUAAAUUUUAAAUAGCUUCAAUAUGAAAUGUUUACACAUUUUUUACCCAUCAAUUUAAAUUAAUUUUGUUACUGUUCACAAUGGUCAUGAGAAUGGGUUAAUUAAAUCUAUUGACUAUUUAAAUAUUUGCCAUGCUAAUCCAUUCAUGUUUGUGUCUGCUCAGAAGGAAUGGCUGAAAUUAGAUUUUAUCAAACUUCAUGAAAGCACACUGCUGUUGUACUGUUUAAAAUUAUUUGCUAAUCAUAAAAUAGGGUAUUGCAGUGUAAUGAGUCUUAAUAUUUACUACUGUAAACCAAAAAUGGCUUGUUAAAUAGUUUAUUUCUCUACCCAUUGCAGAGCAUGUCAGCCUCCAGGUUUAUAGGGCCAUUCUUGACAAGUGUUCAGAACUGGGAGAAAUCAUUGUCUCACAUUUCUGAAGUUUUGGAUGUAAGUUGGAAAGAUUAUGGGUACCAUUUAGUUAUUUUAUUUGAAUGUUUCAAAUGAUGGAUUAAAAACAUAAAAUUAUAUAUAUUUUAAUACUAUUAAUAUAUUUUAGAAAACAAAUUUUUCUCCAUAUUAGUAUGGUUUAUUGAAAGAAAUUUACAGAAUAAUUAUUUUUCUACAAACAUGUAAUUAUAUGAAAAUCAAAAUAAGAAGCACAAUUUAAAACUCUAAUUCUACCAUGUUUAUGAUGCUCUUAUCUAUUGCAAGAGGACAUAAUAUAUAGAAAGCUAAAAAAAACAUGAUGUCAAAAAGUAAAGCUUUAUCAAUAGUUUAAAAAAAACAUAAUCUGAUAUCAAUUUUAAAGAUGUACACAUUUCUCUGCCAUGUUUUGAGUUUAAUCUGAAAAAAUUUUAUGACACCGGGCCUUAAUUUACUAAUGCAUACUCCAACUUUGAUGCCAUAAUUAAAAUUAAGUAAAGGGCUGGAAGGCAUUAAUUUUUAAUAUAACUUUUUAACCUAGCAUUUGUGGUCAUUUCUGCUUGGAAUGUUAAACAAGAGUUUUCUGUUCCCCUUCACAUGCUUUUUUUUAAAAAAGCUGCAAUAUUUAGGUAGAAAAAAAAUGUCUAGUUGUGGUAAUGGAUUUAAUUUUUUUAAAAUUAAAAUAAAUUUACUUAUCACAAUCAUAGUGGGUUUUUUUUUAACUCGUUGCAAUGAAUUAAGAAAUUCUUUUUAAUAUUAGCAUUAUACGAGUUGCAUAAAGUUUUGAAUAUUUAAAAAAAUCUUUUCAGGUCUGGAUGAUUGUACAGCGCAAGUGGAUGUAUCUAGAGGGCAUCUUCAUUGGGGGAGACAUUCGUUCACAGUUGCCUGAAGAGGCUAAGAAAUUUGACCAAAUUGAUAAAACUUUUAAAAAGGUUUGUGACCAUUAACAUAUAAGUCAUAACAUUUUUUCUAAAAAUUUAUAUGUUGAAAUUAAUGAAAAGGACCAAACACUGCUUUUAAAAACAAAUACAAAUAACAUGAAAUUUUCACUGUUUUUUCUAUAAGAAUAUGUAAGUUUAAAACAUAUUUGAUACUGCUGAGAUUAUAGAAUUAUAUUGUAAUUUAUAUUUAAUACUUAUGAUAUUAUAGUAUUAUAUUGUAAUUUUACACAUUAUUCAAAGCUAUUAAUAUUGAAUAUUUUUAAUCAUUUUGUCAUUAUUUUGUCAUUAGUUUUCAAAGUCAAAUGUUUAUUUUUUUAGAUCAUGACAGACACACACAAGACACCCCAAAUAAAGAUCUCCUGUCAUGCUGCCAACCGUUUACAAGAUCUGCAGUCUUUGAGUUUGGGUUUAGAAAAGUGCCAGAAAUCUUUGAAUGACUACCUAGACUCCAAACGUAAUGCUUUUCCUAGGUUCUUUUUUAUCUCGGAUGAUGAGCUGCUUAGCAUCCUCGGAUCAUCAGACCCUGAGUGUGUUCAGGAACACAUGAUCAAAGUUAGUUGAAGUUUGUUAUAUCUUCUAAAACUUAUUUGUAAUUUACUUUUUUUUUUAAACAUAUUUUCCUCUUUAGUUGUUAAUGUAUUUAUUUAAAUAAUUUUAAACUUGUCAAAUAUUUAGUUUUUUAAUACACCAUCAUGGCUCCUGUUAACAAACACCUUCCACCAUCUAAAGCUGUCAAGCCUAAAUGCAUGCAUGCCCUGAAAUUAGAAUCCUUGUUGAAUCCAAUACAAAAAGAGAAAUUUUCCAGCAACCUUUUAUGGAUUUUGCAACAAUCUCACCAAUUGGUAGCAGUCUGGAGUUUUUAAUUUAUUUUUAAAAAAUAUUUUGCAUCAAAUUUAAAUCUUUUCAAAAUCUUUAUACUGUUACUUUUUGAGUUAAACAGUUGAAUGUAUCAAACGAAUUCCUUAAAUUAUUAGGCCCUACAUAUUGAAUUUUUAUUGACGUCCUUUCAUAAAGAACAAAAGAUAAAUUAGAAAGACAGUACAGAUUAUAUAACUUUUGCUGCUAAAAUUACAACAUUCUUUUUUUUUAUGCAUCAAAUCCUUCAUUUUUUUUUUUUUUUUUGUUUUAACAGAUGUUUGAAAACAUAGCAGCCCUAAAGUUCCAGAAAGGUCCAACCAAUGAAAUGUUAGCUACUGGGAUGGUGUCUGCUGAGAAGGAGGAAUUUUUUUUUUUUUUUGCAUUAAAUUUUUUAUUUUUUUUUUUUUUUUUGUUUUAACAGAUGUUUGACAACAUAGCAGCCCUAAAGUUCCAGAAAGGUCCAACCAAUGAAAUGUUAGCUACUGGGAUGGUGUCUGCUGAGAAGGAGGAAAUGGACUUCCAUGCAAACGUCACAGCUGACGGCAGGGUUGAAGAUUGGAUGACAUCAGUAUUGGCAGAGAUGAGAGCAACCAAUCGACUUAUCACUAAGGAGGCCAUUUUUUACUACAGUCACAAGAAAACCAGGUAGGAAACAAAUAAUGACAUUUUUAAUCUAUCAAUUAGCACCAUACUGUGAUAAUUCAUUCUUUUUAAUUCAUAAAAAUCACUUCACGUCUAGUGUUUUUGUGUGUGUUUUUUUUAAAAACUUUAAUUUUACUCAAAUUUUAGGAGUUACAUCAAUGAACCAAAUUGGUAUUAUUGCCUAAAUAAAUUUAAAUUAACAAAUGAUGACACUAUUCAGGAAAUUUGUAUAGCUUUUAAAAUGGGUUUCAGAUAUUUUAUUGUCAUUGCAACAAAGUUCACUUAAUAUAAAAAAAUUAUAUUUUUUUCUAAGUGUACAAUGCACAGCCGAUCAAUUUUUUAAAUUUUGUUCAAAUUAUUAUUUCCCACAUCAAGGGUAGACUGGAUGUUGGAUUACCAAGGAAUGGUUUGUCUUGCUGGUAACCAAGUCUGGUGGACAUGGGAGGUGGAAGAUGUUUUCCGUAAGGUAAAGAAAGGUCAAAAGACAGCCAUGAAAGACUAUGCCAAGAAACUUCACAAACAAAUUGAUGACCUUGUGGUCAAGGUAAAGAUUAAUGGAAAUUUUUCUAUAUACUUUAUGAAAGUAACAGAACUACUUAUUAAAAAGUAACAGUCUUUAAACAGAAUUACAUUUGGUACUUAAUGAAUGCCUUAUUUAAGGAUGACCUGCAGACAGCAACUAAACAAAAGGGAACACUUCAGCCAUGUAAUUUAUGACUUUUCUAAAGCUAAGCAAAUUAUUAGUCUUUAUAAAAAAAAAGGCAUGAUCAAGUGAUACAAGAUAUUGUUAUAACUAGAAACCUUACCCAGAGUUUGUCAGCCUUCAAGUCAUAAAAACCUUUUUUUUCAUAUUACGCCUAUAUUUUAUCUAUAUUUUUGUAACUUUUAUAUAUGACUAUUUUGUAGAUUAAUAGCACUGAUUAUAUUUAUGCAUUUGAAUAGGUGAGGUCACCAUUGUCUAAGAAUGAUAGGUCAAAGUUCAACACAGUUCUCAUUAUUGAUGUCCAUGCCAGGGACAUCAUUGACUGCUUUGUAAGGGACAGGUAAACAUUUUCACUUAUAACAAAUAACUUUAACCAUAAAUUUAAUACAAAUACAUGUAUUUUAAUGCAAUUCUUGUCACACUAAAAUUUUAAACAACCUGUUUUCAAAUGAUUGUCUUGUGUUAUUUGACUUUAAAUAAACCUGCUUGCAGUGACAAAUGGACAGAAACAUUCUAAUCAAAGCUUAGAUAAUUAAUCUGUCGAUCUCAGAACAACCAGACACUGGAGUCCCUUAAAACCGAUUUAAAGACACAUCUAUUUCGCAAACACCUUCUGGGAUGAUUGUCUACCUUAUUUUCCAGUUAAUGCAUACUGGCUGUGUUGCUUAGGGUUGAAAUGGCUAGAAAAACUUUGACAUUGUAUCCUUGUAAUUAGUUUUUGUAGUGUUGCGUUUGUUUUAAAUGUGGUAAAUUAUAGAUUUGUUUUUUGUUGACUUUGUACCGUGCUUCGAGCCUUUGGGGAUGAAGCGUGUUUUUGAAAUGAACUUUAUUAUUAUUAUUAUUAUCAUAGAUUUUUUAAACAUGUAAUUUCUGAACUCUGUCUCACUCUCUUUUAUAAACAGCAUCAUGGAUUCAAGAGAGUUUGAGUGGGAAUCUCAGCUCCGUUUCUACUGGGAGAAAGAACCAGACGAGCUGGUUAUACGCCAGUGCACCGGAGAGUUUGGCUAUGGUUACGAGUAUAUGGGCCUCAACGGCAGGCUGGUUAUCACACCUCUGACAGACAGGAUAUACCUUACACUCACACAGGUGAAGUUUUAAACACACAAUAUAUUUAUCAUGAAGUUUUGAGUAAUACAUUUUUAUUGGAUUUGUUUGUACAGCCACUGUCAUUGUUUUCAUCUGUUGGCUCCCUGGACACUUUGAUGUGUAUUCCAUUUUAUGCACACACUAUGAAACAGAAAUUAAAGAUUCUCAACAGAAAAGGACAAAAGUCUUGAAAAAAAACAAAAGAAAUAUUCAUUUAUUUAACAGGCACUGUCCAUGAAACUUGGUGGAGCGCCAGCUGGGCCUGCAGGUACAGGGAAGACAGAGACAACAAAAGACCUGGCAAAGGCACUUGGGCUUUUGUGUGUGGUCACCAACUGUGGAGAGGGCAUGGACUACAAGGUAUACUAAUAUUUUACAAUUAUUCAUAAAAUGGAAAGUCAUUAUCAGUAAGUCAUUUUGGGCUAUCACUUAAAUCUUUUUUGGUAAUGUUUCACUUUUUUCACUUUUUAAAUAUAUUAUUUAUUAAUAUUAAAAAUUUCAUGAAUUUUCUAUUUCUAUAAAAUGAAGCAUAAUUGUUUAAGGAUGUAUGUUGUGAUAUUAGUUUUAAAAAGACAAAUAAAAAAGUGUAUUUUUUUUACUAAAGUAAUUUUUCAUUAUUAUAUAAUGAUGACUUAAAUUAUUAAAAUGAUGAUCUAAUAAUUGUUUCAUAGAUUGUUACUAUGGAAUGUUAAACAGAUGUUCUAAGAUUUGUAUCUUCUCAGAGUCUAAAAAUUAGAUUAACCCCCUGAAAGAAUGAAUUCAAAGGUGAUGAAUACAUAUUAUUAUUUAUAUCAAACAGGCAGUUGGUAAAAUCUUGUCUGGUCUUUGCCAAUGUGGUGCUUGGGGCUGUUUUGAUGAAUUCAACAGAAUCGAUGUGUCAGUGCUAUCUGUCAUCUCUACACAACUGAAGACUAUCCAGAAUGCACUUGUGCUAAAUCUCAAACGAUUCCAUGUAAGAAUCUUAAAUUUAAAAAAAUAUAUUUAUCAAUAUUUAUAUUAUAUGCCAUAAUAUUCUAUUUAAAAAAUGAUUUUAUUUCAGAGACUGUAUGUAUUUUAUGAGACUAAAAAAUGUACAAUUUUAUUUCAUUUAGUUUGAGGGUCAGGAAAUCGACAUGGACUCAAGAGUUGGUGUAUUUAUUACCAUGAACCCUGGUUAUGCUGGACGGACAGAAUUACCAGAGUCUGUAAAGGCUCUUCCGACCUGUUGUAGUCAUUGUGCCAGAUCUCCAGCAGAUUUGUGAAAUCAUGUUAUUUUCUGAAGGCUUUUUACUAGCAAAAGUAAAGAAGCUCUAUCAAUUGAUUUCUUCUUCUAUAUAUUAAGGGCCCAUGAUCAAUUUAUUGAUUAUUUUGGCUUACCUCUCUUAACUCUCAUAAACUCAAAUAAAAGUAUGUAACCAUAUGUUAAAAUUAAUUUCUGCUCUAAUUUGUUCUAAUGAGAUUUUUCUUCAAUAUCCAUUUUGAAUCAUUUUUGUUUACUUUAAUAUUUUAAAAAUUAACUAAGUGUUUUAGCUAUGUUUUACAAAGAGUAAUUCAUAUUUACCUGCCAGCCAACCAACUUUUCUUCACUAUUUCUGUAGAUAUUGGCUAAAAAGAUGACAGUUUUGUACAAACUCGCCAAGGAGCAGUUGUCCAAACAGUACCACUACGAUUUUGGCCUCAGAGCUCUGAAAUCUGUCCUGGUCAUGGCUGGAGAGCUGAAGAGAGGAUCUCCAGAUUUAGCAGAGGUAUAGAUUUAGGGGAACAUUAAGUAUUUCAAAUAUUCUGUUAUCCAAAUUAUUAAAUAUUUCUAUAUUAUGUACAGCUCUUAAAAGUGGUAUUAAUAUUUCUUAUACCACAAUAGAAAAUUGUUGAGGUAAUAUAUUUUAGCAUCUGUACUAAAAUAAAGUAUUUAUUCUUUCACCUACAUUGUUUGUUUGUGCAUUUGUGCAGACAAUAAGCAAUUAUUUCCAUUUUAAGUUCUAAAAUACUUUUAAUCUAAAAAUAUUGUAAUAGACAAAUGAGUUACUGGCAAUGGGGGUACAUAGACAAUAAAUGUACUGCAGGCUUUAACAAUUUUUGAAUUAAGAAGCAACAAAACUAAACAAUGAAAAGUGUUUGACCUGAGUGAUAAAUGAAAGAAUAACUCACUCUUAACUCUGCAAACUAUAGGAAUUAACUUAAAUAAUUAAUUACACAGCAGAAAAGCCAAUGAAAUAUAUUUGGUAAUCACUUUGGGGAAAGAGGAAGACUGGGGAAGAAAGCCAUAGCAGAAAUGAUAAUUUACUCAGAACUGUCAAGAUCACAAGUAAAAUUACUAGAUCAUGCAUUUAGAAAUGAGUAUGGAAAAUGAACAAAAAUAUGUUGGCAUCUCUCGACAGGAUGUUGUACUGAUGAGAGCUCUCAGAGACAUGAACCUUCCCAAGUUUGUCUUUGAGGAUGUGCCACUAUUUCUGGGACUCAUCUCUGAUUUGUUUCCUGGUCUGGACUGCCCCAGGGUCAGAUAUCCCAAUUUCAAUGAUGCUGUGGAGCAGGUCUUGCAGGACGGCGGCUACAUCUUGCUUCCUCAUCAGGUUUGUCAUUUAAUCUGGAUAUAGUAGUUGUAAGAGGUAAAUUACUGUGGUUUGUUAAGUCCGCUAUGAAACUUUAAAUUAUUGGAGAAAUUUUGGGGAGAGCAAUAGAAUACAACAGCAUACCUUUUAGAUUUAUGAUUUAUACAUACAAUUUCUAUUAAUUGAAAAUUCAAAUAGAGUCUUUAAAAAAAAAGGAUUGCAUUUUAUAAUUUAAAUUUUUGCAUUUUUGAAACCUCAUUUUGAACAAAACUGAUUGAAAAAUAUUGAUAUCAGGUGGACAAAGUGGUUCAAAUGUAUGAGACCAUGUUGACCAGACACACCACAAUGAUUGUUGGACCAACAGGAGGAGGUAAAUCUGUUGUCAUCAACACACUGUCACAAGCUCAAACGAAGUAAGUGUAAUUUAAGAUGAAAUCUCUUUCCUUUGUCUUUUCUGAUAUCUAUAUCUAUUAAAUUGUGAUGAAAAAGAUUGCAGUAUAUCUUUCCUAUGUAUAUUAUCCGUUUACCCAAAAAUUUUUAGAAAGAAAUGUUUUCGAACAGUAAUUAGAUUUGUCCAAAAUGAAGUAAUGGGAACAAAAUUAUAUUUUUUAUUAUAAGUAAAAAAAUUGUCCCAUUUCUCUCUCACACCUUCCCUUAAAAAACAUUAAAAUUAUAAAUAAAUAAAUCUCAUUUUAACAAGUUUAAUUUUAAUCAAACUUUCGUUAGCAAAAAUUUGCAUAAAACAAAUAUCUUGCUAACAAUUUUCCAGAUACCAUAUUAUCCCUUACUUAUUUUAACAACGUAAUUUCACUAUAGUGCUUGAGUCUCUUUGGCCAAGUUAAUAUUGGUCUUUUGUUUUAUAUGUGAUAUAUGCAAAUGUCUAGUUGUUUAUAGUUGGGUAUUUUACAUUGUUUGUAAAGAUGGCUAAAAUAUAUUUAAUUGAUGUUUAAACAUGGUUCUUAAAAUGAUUAAGCUUCACAGUAGUGUAAGUAGCCAGGGGAAUAUGCCAUUGGAAAAUCUAUCAUUCAUGAUAUCAUUAUGUCAUUCAUUUGAUAAAAACUUUUUUUUAAAAUACUUUAUUCCUUUUAAUUCUAUUUAGGCUUGGAAUAACCACAAAGUUGUAUGUCAUCAAUCCCAAGGACAGAUCAGUAAUUGACCUUUAUGGUAUCCUAGAUCCUGUGACCCGUGACUGGACCGAUGGACUCCUGUCCAACAUUUUCAGGGAUAUUAACAAACCCACUGACAAGAAUGAACGCAAAUACAUUGUUUAUGAUGGUGAUGUUGAUGCAUUGUGGGUAGAAAACAUGAACUCUGUCAUGGAUGACAACAGGCUGAUGACACUAGCCAAUGGAGAGAGAAUCAGGUUACAGAAGCACUGUGCUAUGCUUUUUGAGGUAAACAAUUAUUUUAAACCUUACAUCUUUGAAAAGGGAUAGAUAUGUAUUCAUUUUGUUUCCAAUAGUAAAUUCAUUAAAAAAAACACCAUAAUGUUCUUACAUUAAAAGCCCUUAGGCCAAGUGUAACCUUUCUCUUGCCUCACUAAAUAAUUUUCUUAACAAGAGAACAACAGGAAGUAACACAUUUUGGGAUAAAUCUACAAGGAGAGAAUAAAAACAAUAUAAAAAUCAUUUCAACAAUUACGUUGUAGCAAAAUAGUAGUCAUAGCUGAUUGUCAGUUCAGACACAUAUGUUUGGACGAGGCAUCAUUUUAGAGUUUUUGUUUUUUAAAUAAUAAAUUUGUUUGAAGUUCAUACAAGUUGCUUUUGCAUCACUGUAGGUGUAUGAUCUACAAUUUGCAUCUCCUGCAACAAUCUCUCGAUGUGGCAUGGUCUAUGUUGACCCCAAAAACCUGGGCUACAAGCCAUUCUGGCAGAAGUGGGUGUCCACCAGACCCACCAAGCAAGAGCAAGAUACCCUCAAUACCCUGUAUGAGAAAUAUGUUCCCAACUGCAUUGACCUUGUCAUUGAGGGCAUUCAAGAUGGCAGACAGGGAGAGAAACUGAAAACUAUUGUGCCACUGACCAACUUGAAUAUGGUACAUCAAAUUUUUUUCAUUGGAUAAUUAUUAUUUAGGACUUAUAUUUAAAAAAACUAAUUCUGCUUUCACUACAGGAAUAUCUAAUUAGGUUUCAUUUAAAUAUUGUUAUUAUACCCUUGAAAGAAAAGGUUUUGGACAUAUAAAAAUGCAAGUAAAAUUGUCAUAUAUCUUUCUUUGUAUUAAAAUAAAUCUUUAAGGCUUUAGAUCAGUCAGCUUUGAAAAAAAGAUGGAAAAAACUUGCUUUGUAUAUUUUUUUUUUUUUGCAAUUGAUAUAUUUAGUUACAAAUAAUUUUUAAAUCUGACAAUCCAAUUUACAACAGAUAGGAAUUUAAAGAACUGAUGCCCUCUGAUUGACAUUCUCUGAAUGACCUUAUAGUAUUCCAAUAAAUAUUUAAGAAGCUGCCAAAAUAAAGAUAUUUGUUGUUGUUGCAGGUAAACCAGCUUAGCCAAAUGCUGAAUGCUAUUUUGAUCAAGGAUGUCCCAGAACCAUUAGAGCUUGAAGCUUACUUCCUGCAGUCACUUGUUUGGUCUGUUGGAGCUGGUUUGCUAGAAGAUGGAAGAGUAAAGUUUGAUAAUUAUGUCAAAUACCUUGCUUCACUGACCCAGAUACAGGAAGAGAGCAAGUUUGCUGGACCAGGUAGGAACAAUUUAAAAAACAUUUCAAAAUUAAAUAAUGAAAUAAUGUUUUAGUAGUAGAGGAAAUAUGGUGUGUUGCUCUUGUGUAAAAAAUGUUAGCAAAAAAAUGCUGGAUGAGAUGUUACAUCUGUUUGUGUAAAUUAAUCUUUCACUAAAGAGACAGUUUUUCAACAGAUUUUCUUCACAGAAUAUUUAUGAGUUUAAAACUAAUCAAAUAUAAAUUAUUUUUGUGUUUGUUGUACAGUGAAAGGAAGAACUAAAAAUCUAUAUGCUAUGUUAUGAUUAAGUUAAAGAAAAUUAAUAAGUUAAUAGAAAGGUAACAAUACAGCUAAAAUAUUAAAUUGCCAUAUUUUUUAAAUUUGUGUAUCAACAUCUGAAAGUGGCCAAAAUUCACAGUCUUAAUCAAUGAGACACAUGCUCUUCUUUAAUUAUAUGUUUUCAAUGUAUGUUCAAUAAAUUGUUACAAACUUGAAUUUUUCAACUCUGUAUAAGAAGAAGAUUUUUUAAUAAGCCUACAUGUGGUUACCUAUUUCAUAGCAUGACAAAUAUCUGUUUAGAAUAAAACAUAUAAGACACUCACUGCUGUUAAGUAGUCUACUAUUUUCAAAUGAAACCCACAAACCAUGUUCUUUUCAUGACAAAACUGUCAAUGAUAGGAAAAAACAUUGCUUCACAUACAUUGUUGAACAAUUUUAACAGCACUCUUGACAAACCACAGUGAUUUUAUAAGUAGAUAUUUGCCAAACUUUAAUAUUUCUGCCUAUUUGUCCUUGAUAUUUUUAAAAACAUUUGCCAAGCACAAGCUGCAUUCACAUCAAAUCCUAUUUCCCACAUAAAUAUAGGCCUAAUUGUGUACAAUUAAUUUGGAAAGGAAAUAAAAUUAUUUUUUAUCAUUUAAAUUUCAUUCAUACAUAAAUAAAUGAACUGAGUUGUGUAUCUAUAACAAGACAACAAGUAUCUGCUCUCUCUGUGUUCAUAUUUAACAUAAAAUUUAAUAAUACUUUUAAUCAUCUUCAAUGUCUUUAUCCAUUUAUUACACUCAACAUUUAUGAAAAUAUCUCUUUUUCAUAAUUCAAAAUGAAGCACAACUUUUAGAGCUUACCACUGAUCACAAAUUUUUUUUAUGUGAUUUGUUCUUAAAAUAAGUGUCACUUUACUCCAAAGUUACUUAAAUUUUUGAAAAUUAAAGAACAAUAAAGUUUAAAUAUUAUAAUCUUUUCUUUCAUACACAUAUAUAAAUUCAUUCCCAUUUUUGGGUCUACAUUUUGUUUUUGAUAGUUGCACUCAUGAACUUCAGAAGAAAAAUGAAGGAAUUUUUGAGUAAGUUGGGGCAGAAAUCACACUCAUCGGUCAGGAGGCAGUCACUGCCAAAUAAUUGUUUGAUAGUUGCAAAUAUAUGUAUUGGAACAUUUACUCAAUCAAACUUUAUAUUACAGAAGUCACUUAUUUGUGUAAAUAAUGAUAUAUUACAUUCAAAUAUAUUGAUGUAUUUUAAGUGUAAUAGAUUUUAGUGCAAUAAUGACAUUGACUUUAUUACAGCUAAUAUAUUUUAUGUUCUAUGGUUUAUUAAUGUGGACUUAAUAAGUCAGCUUUAUAAAGCAGAUUUAUGUCAGUAUGUUAAUUAUGCACUAAAUGAAAAAUACAGUACACAUUAAUUUUAUGAAAAUAAUGAUAUUCUCAUCUGCAAUAGGUUUUCUUGUUUCAUGAAUCACUUCUCACUUAAAAUUGUAUAAUAUUAAUUAAUAAAACAUUUAAAAUAGGCUUGAAAAAGUGAAGAAAUUAAUUAUGUUUUUGAUCCUUCCAUAUGUUUUUGCUCUUCAAUGAAAAGUCUAACUGCUUAUUUAAAAAAGCUAUUGAUUAAUUUUGAAAUACAAUAGUUGAAUAGUGUUUAUUGUUGCAGCUUUUAUCAAGAUUACCCUGUCAUACAUUGAGGAAUUUCAGCAUAUAUCAUUGACUACAAACAAAUCACUGACGUAUAUAAUCACUUAGUGGUCAUCUCGUAUUAACUUUCAAAAAAUUAUAGAAAUUCAUAGACUUUGCCAAAGCCAGCUCAAAAGUUUUAUAGGACAAAGUUAUUACAUUUUUUAUAUUUUACACAGCCUCACUAUGUUUGCCCAUGUCCUCAGCCACAUGCAUGAAAUGUUGCUUUUUUAUAUAUUUUUUUAGAACUCAUCUCAGGCUUUUCUUGAAUUUUAAAUAUUAUCAGGAACAGAUGAUGCUUAUCAAAAACUUUGAAAAUAAUUCAUUCCCCACAAAAAAAAAAGCUACCUUAGGGAUUAUUUUAACCGUGUCAUGAUAAAUCAAUAAAAUAUUAUGUUAACAAUUAAUGAACUUUUUUCAAUAAUUGUUUCUUUUGCAUUAAUUUUCUUUACAAUUAUCAGCUGGAGGCCAUCCUUUUUAUCUUGUCAUCCUAUUCACUGCAUGAAUCCCCAGCAGCUAGAGCUGGCUCUGCCCUUACACUUUUACAUCAUUAUGUUAUCAUUCUUGUACCUAAAGUUAUGAAAACACAUUCACAUGCCUGAGUUUUUUUUGUUAGAUUUUGAUAGUCACUGCAUUAUUGAUAAUGUUAUUGUAAUACAUCAUCUAAACUAUGUUCUACAAUGUCUAUAACAAAUAUGUCAGUUUUAAAUUUUAAUGCAAAUUUUAUAGAAGCAUCUUGCUAAAGUCAUUACAAAAAUUGUAUUUCUACUUAAAAACUAGUUUUCUAUUUCAGAAUUUCAGCAAAAUCUACAAGAAAAGAAAAAAAACUAUCUAGCUAUUUUCAUAAAUAAUAUAUCAUAAUAGUCUGUAUUUAUAUGAUUUUUUGUCUUUACAUUUAACAUUAUCUCUUCUGUGGAGGUUUUUAAAUGUCUCAAAUGUUUUUUAAAGACACGUAUUGAUGAAUUCAUCAUACUUAUUUCCUAAUUAUAAUAAUCUAAUGCAAAUAAUGAUCUUAUUUAAACAAAAUCUGACAUUAGGACAGCCAUCUUAACUAGGUUUUUUUUAUUAUUAAGGUGAGCUUCCUGGACUGCAGACCCUUUAUGAAUACUUCUAUGAUGGGGAACAGAAAAAAUGGGUUCCCUGGUCUAAAAUGGUACCAAAGUACAAGCACAACCCAGACCUCAAGUUCUAUGAAAUCCUAGUCCCAACUGUUGACACAGUAAGAGCAACAUGGCUCCUUGAGCUCAUGGUGAGGAUCAAACGACCUGUUGUUCUUAUUGGUGAGACUGGAACUUCAAAGACUGCCACCAUUUCCAAUUUUCUGAGAACUUUAGAUCAAGAGCAACACGUAAGUUGAAAUGAUUAAUCUCAUUCUUUCAACAGUACAUUUUUCGCUCUAAAAAAAACAUGUUAUUUAAACUAUUUUAAUGAUUUCUUUUAAUAAAAUUGUAAUAAAAUAUCAAUUUUCCCAUAUUAUUAGCCAAAUUUUUCAGUUCUUUAUCAAUAAAAACAAUUACGCUCACCCUUGCUUUAUGCUGAUGUAAUGUGGGAACAAUAAUUAUAUUUUACUUGAAUUAGUCUACAUUUCAGGAAAAAAAGCUAAGCUACAAUAUUUACGAUUAUACACACAUACCUAGAUUUCACAUUUAGUCUUCAAGUCUCCCUCAAAUGAUAUAUACAGAAUUAAGUGACCUUCCAACUUUUAAUAACUUACUGUACUUUAUCAUCACAUUUCUCACUCAUAAAACAUUCUAAAAGACCACAGAAAUGACAAACAAUAGGUUUUCACCUGGAAAAUCUUUUUUUCUUUCUGGAAGCUUCUAUUGAACAUGAACUUUUCAUCCCGAACAACGUCCAUGGAUGUGCAGCGUAAUGUGGAGUCCAAUGUAGAGAAGAGAACCAAAGACACAUAUGGGCCACCACCUGGCAAGAGACUUAUCAUCUUCAUUGAUGACAUGAAUAUGCCCCAAGUACAUAUUAUUUUCUUCAUUAAUGCCACGAAUAGGCCUGUGUUGUCAUGUAUUUCUCAUGCUGAUUGUUGAUAAUUAUUAUAAAAUAUCAAGAUGUAAACCCCUAUUAUCAAAAUACCAACCAACCAUGUAAUCAUAAAUGUUUAUAUUUUAACAGGUUGACACUUAUGGAACACAGCAACCAAUAGCGCUGCUCAAACUUCUUCUGGAGCGCGGUGGACUCUAUGAUCGAGGCAAGGAUUUGAACUGGAAGAACAUGAGGGACAUGGGGUACAUUGCUGCCAUGGGCAAGGCUGGUGGAGGUCGUAAUGACACGGAUCCCAGAUUUAUUUCUCUUUUCUCUGUGUUCAACAUGACAUUCCCUGAUGCUGAAUCUUUGUUCAAAAUUUACAACUCCAUCCUUGAGGGACAUCUUCAAUCAUUCACUCCAGAGUUACAAGCCCUCUCAUCCACCAUCACGAAGAUGACAAUGGAGUUGUAUAGGUACAUGGAUCAGAUUUUGUUUAUUUUGUUUUUACUAUAUAGUAUAGUGCGCUCAAAAUUAAAUCUGAAGAAAAUUUUAACGUAAAAACCGAAAAAAAGAUUCGACCAAAUUUCCGUUUAAUCAAAUUACCGUUGAAUUUACCGUCGACGAAAUUUCUUUCGCUCAAAUUUCCAGUAACCAUCAGAUUUAUUUAAUAAUUUCUUUCUGACCUUUGGGUUGCCUUUAUGUUUCCCGUAUCAAAUAAUAUCAUUCAUUUGAGAUAACACACAAUUUUGUGAACUAGAAGCUCUUAUAAAACCCUUACCCACUUUUCAUAAGCAUUCAUAAAUUUAUUUAUUAAUUUAAAAAAUCAAAAUAACAAUUUUUUUUACAUACUCUCUUUAUUUGUUCUUUUAUUUACAAUAAUAUAACCCAGUUUAACUAUCUAUUUAUCUUUUAAUUAAACUAUCAAUGUUCUUUGUUUCUUGUAUCGCCAUUUUGCCAAAAGCAGUUGUUAAAAUUACUGCAAACAAAAUAAUCACUGUAAGUUAUUGAAUUUUUUACACUGACGUUGAAAAAUUGUGAAAGAUUUAACCCAUUUAAAUGUUGAACAGAUUCAGUUAAAAUUAUUUAAAAUUUUUUUUACUAAAAUGUUUAAUAAUUAUAAAAUAUCUAUUGCUUUGCUUUUUAAGUUGUUUAUUGGUUUUCCUCUAGAAUUUAAACAAUUUGAUAAACAGAAGCUAAAUAAAAAAUACUUUUAAAUAAAAGAAAUGUAAAUUUUAACAAUACUUUCUUUUCUUUCUUUUGUAUUGAUCAAAGCAUAUUUUUCUUUUGAAUUUCUUUUUACUUUGUGCUUUUUUUAACAUUCUUUUUGUUCAGAGAUGAUAUGAAAAAAAGCAAAUUUCUCUUUUUUAAUAUGCCAAGUUUAGUUUAUGGAGGUGAAACCCAUCAUAUUGAUUUAAAGAUUGAAAACAAAAUUCUUUUUAAUAAUUAAGAAGGUCUGCAAUAACUUUAUUACUUUUCAAAAAAAAAUCUGUGACACCAUAUUAUAAAUCCAUAUUUUUUAAACAAUGAAAUCAUAUCAUAUAUUUAAAUCAUAUUUAGAUUUGCAUUAGCUGCUACCUCUUUCGUAAGUUUUAUUUAGUUCAUACCUGAUAUAUUUUGUGGUCAUUUACACAUUAGAUGACAGUGCUUUGUGGUCAUUUACAUAUUAAAUGACUGUGUGUAAACUAGAAUUUGAUGCAGUUAACAUUUUUGUUAAAUAAUUUAAAUUGGGUUUUCUUUAAUGUAAAAAAACCUUAAAAAACAGUUAAAAUAUUUGUAAAAUUAAUUGAAAUAUGAAUAAACUAACGGCUUAAAACAUUGCCAUUGGCUAGAAUAUAAACUUGUGUACAUCUCCAUCAACCAUUGGACCAUAUUUUUUUAAAUUGCUCAGUCUUUUCUUGCAGCUUUAUUUUACUACAGAGAUAACUAAGCAUUAAAUAUUAUUUAAUCAAAUCCCAAUACUUUAUAUAUUAUUCAAAAAUAUGUUAUGUUUCCUAAUAUCUCAUGAUAUUUAUACAUUAUCUAUUUAAUAACUACAAUAAAUUUAUAUUUCAAUUAACCACCAGCCACACUGUCAAGGAGUUACCACCCACCCCAUCAAAGUUUCACUACAUCUUCAACCUGCGAGACUUGUCUCGUAUUUACAACGGCCUGUGCCUAUCAACCCCAGAUAGAUUUACCAAAGAGGAUCAGUUCUUGCGGCUGUGGAGGAAUGAGUGUCACAGGGUCAUCAGUGACCGUCUCAUCAAUGAUCAAGACAAAGAACUCAUUGCGGUGAGUCUACACCAUUAUUGUGAUAUUUAAAAUCAAAUUAGCAUCAGCUUUUCUGUGAGUCCAAUUAUUACUUACGGUUGUUUUUUUUAAAUCCCAUUAAUGAUGUUUGAUUUUACUUAUUUUAAUUUCUUUUUACUCAAUUUUUUAUAUGCAGAAAAAAAUAUCUGCUCUGCUGGAAGAAAAUUACAAGGCUCACCUAGAACAUGUUGUGCGUGAUCCUUUGUUGUAUGGUGACUACCGUACAGCUCUGGAUGAAGGAGAACCAAGACUUUAUGAGGACAUACAAGAUUAUGAAGCAGCCAAGGGCUUGUUUCAAGAGGUAUGCAGGACAAUAUUUUUGUUAUAAAGCAUCACCUGAUACAAAUAAAAGUACAUUAUGUCAAUGCGUGUCUGAAUUCAUUAUCAUCCAUGUAUUGUGACUAUGUGACUGCAAAUACCUAUAUUCAACAUGAUAAAAAAUUAUAAGAAGAUGUUAGAUUAUUUUAAUACUUUUUGUCAUAUUUUUUCAUAUUAUAAUUAUGAAAUCAAUUUAUUUUAAAUUCAUUUAAUUUUGGAUCAUACGGAGCAUAAAAAUUAAAUCAAAUACUAAGCCACAACUUUAUGCAAUUUUAUUGAUUCAGUUUGUAAUAUAAGCUUCAAUGAUAAAAAUAAAAGCUGCCAACAAUCAUUUCAACUCAGUAUUUUGGUGAUCAGUUGAGUUUUAUACUUGGAAAAUUAUGUAUAUAUUUUUUUGUCUAAGAAAAUAACUACUGUACUUAAUUUUUGUUUAAAAAGCUUUCAUUACAAGUAACAAUGUUUACAAACAAGGUGUUUGCUUGCUUAAAAACAAGGUGUUUGCAUGUUUACUAAAAAAAACUCUUUGCUUGCUUUCAAAAAAGGUGUUUGCUUAAGAGUGGGGAAAAAAGAAAGAAAAUUACAAAAGACUUUCUAACUUCACAGAUCCUAGAAGAUUACAAUGAAAGUAACACACCAAUGAAUCUUGUUCUCUUUGAUGAUGCCUUAGAACAUCUCACCCGUAUUCACAGAGUUUUGAGGAUGGACAGGGGACAUGCCUUACUUGUUGGUGUUGGGGGUAUGUUGGAUCUAAUGAGACAUUUGGUAACCGUGUGUCCAUAUCUUACCAAACAACUUAAUAGAUCCUGCUUCUCUUUGGGACGGGGUUAAUGUAUUAUAUUUUUUAAAUGGAUUGGAUAUGAGCGAAAUUGUCAUGGGCGUAUAGAACUUUUUAAAAUGGGAAUUAAAUCAGUAGAUCAAUUUAGGAAAUGAUAGAAAUAUGGUCUGAGUUGUUUCAGAAAAGUGAAAUAUUUAAGCCCCACUGAAGAUCUUUUCAAAUGGAUUUAAAUUUUCAGGCAGUGGUAAACAGAGUUUGUGCCGGUUGGCCUCAUAUGCUGCAGAUUGCCAGGUUUUUGAAAUCAUGUUAAGUCGAGGCUACAGUGAGAAUUCCUUCAGGGAAGACCUGAAAGUUUUGUACAACAAACUAGGGAUGGAGAAUCAAAAAGUAUCAUUCUUAUUCACUGAUCAACAUGUUGUUGAAGAAGGUAUGACUCAAAAAAAAAAGGAACUUUAUUGCAUAAAUUAUUAAACAUUGACUGGCAUAAUGUAUUUUCUUUUGUAAGUUUUAAGUUUUUGGUUUCAAAAUAAAUGCAACAUUUUGGGGAUAAAUUAACAUUUUUUUUAACUUAUAAAAUAGAUCUUAUGUAAUAUUUUGCAUUGAAUAUUUUACUCUUUCAUUUUUAAUAGUUUAUAAGAAAAAAAUAGAUCUAAAUCUUAAAAUUUAAUUUGAAAAAGAGAAAUCAUUGUUUUCAUUUUUGGUCAGGUUUUCUGGAACUGAUCAACAAUAUGUUGACAUCUGGUAUGGUUCCAGCUCUCUAUGCUGAUGAUGAAAAAGAAGGUAUCAUUGGACAGGUCAGAAAAGUACCUUAUUAACACAUUUAAUUUAUUAUGACAGGAAGAAUAACAUCUUUCUCUUGAGAUUAAAAAUAACCCAAAUAAAUAAAGUAAAUAAAAAAUCACUACAAAACCAAAUUCUAGCCCAGAACUUUUUUAUAAAACUAUUUUCUACUCUUUAAAAUUAUUUUCCAUUCCUUUUUAUAGAGAUCAUUUUAAUAGUUAAGUUUGUUUUUUUUUUGUUUUUUUUUUACAUUCAAUUAUUUUAAAAAAUUAAAUUAUUAAAAAACAAGUAAUAAUGUUUCAAUCAUUCUUAGUCAACAAACAAAUGUAUAAGUAAACUGAAAAUACAUCAAAUGAUCAACUUAGGUGGUACUUACUUUUAUUGUGAAUUGUUUUCUAUUUAUGAGUUUGCAACUUUUUAAAAACUACAAUUUUUAAAUGGUUGUCUCUAAAUUAGUCUAAAUGACAAGUAAUUUAACAAAUUUGUAUCUUAUGUUCUGGUGUAGUUGAGAGAUGAAGCUCUGAGAGCUGGAGCGGGCCAUGCCAAAGAGAUGAUCUGGCAAUAUUUCAUCAACAAAUGUGCCAACAACCUUCACAUUGUUCUGGCCAUGUCUCCAGUUGGAGACACUCUGAGAACAAGAUGCAGAAAUUUCCCUGGUAUUUAUUGUCUCAUUCUUAUUGUAAAUGAUCAGCCUAUCAUUGAUUCAUCUUGUGUGUUUUUAUUUGUAACAACACUGUUACAAUAUAGUUCUUGACAAUCUUCAUACACAUAAUAAAAAAUCUUUAUAUAUCACAUGUGACUACUCUAAACACCUCACAUCAUUUGUCUGUGUAAGCCAUAAAUAUUCUGUUUGCAAGAGAAAUCCAAUAUCAUUAACAUUAUAUUUGCACACACUCCAAUUAUUAUUUAUACACACUCCACAUACAGUUUUUACAGACUUCUCAUCCUGUGUGGUUACGCUCAACAUAUGCACAUAAAAAAUGUUUCUCAUAAUAAAUGCUUCCUAUUUUUUUAAUACUGCUUUUCUGUAUUUCUCCAUUGCAGUACAAAAAUAAAAUCUUAUUACUUUUUUUUAUAUAUUACUUUUUUUUUUUUAUAAUCACAGUAUCUUAGAAAAAAAGCCAAAAAAACCAUCCCUGCUAACUAACUUGUAAUAUCCCUUCAGGUACUGUGAACAAUGCCAGUAUUGAUUGGUUCUUCCCAUGGCCUGAACAAGCUCUCUAUGCAGUUGCCAGUGUUUUUAUCUCUCCUGAAGUGAGUGACCUUUUUUUUAAAAAUUAUUUAUAUUUUACUUUUGAUAAUCCUUAAAAAGUCCAAAGAAUGGACUGGAGCUAAAGACUAUUAUUAUCCAUUCUAAGGGAGUAAAUUGUAAUCAUACAGUUAUUUGUUUUUGUAAUUGGCAUAUUACAGAAUCAGCUGAUCCCAGUGGACAAACGUGAAGACAUCGUGGCCCACGUUGUUAUGGUCCAUCAGUCCAUUGGGGUGUACAGCAUUAAGUUCCUGCAGAGGCUCCGAAGAAAUAAUUAUGUCACACCCAAAAACUACCUGGACUUCAUCAAUACAUAUGUUAAGCUUCUUGAUGACCAGGACAAGUUUAUCCUCAGUCAGGUAUAAUAAUUAAUUCUAUGGGAGGUAUAAAAUUGCAUACAAUAUUCUUUUAUUAUUUGUAGACUAUUAAUUUCAUCCCAAACUCAUUAACAUUUUAGAAUAGUUAAGAUGAUUUUUAAAAAAAAUUAUUGUGACUAUUUUGUAUAUUAAUCAAUUAUUCCAUUAAUUUCUGAUAUUAUAAAGCCAAAGCUUGUUUUAUUUGAUCAGUGUGAACGCCUUCAAGGAGGAUUGCAAAAAAUUGCAGACGCCAGUGAGAUGCUUGCAGUUUUGAAUGAGAAGCUGGCAGUCCAGAAAGUUGCAGUCACAGAGAAGACCACAGCUUGUGAGGCUCUCCUAGAGGAAAUUGCAAGUGGCACUAAGACAGCCACAGAAAAGAAAGCAUUUGCUGAGGCCAAAGGAGAGGAAAUUGCUGAGCAAAGUAAAAUAAUUGAAGUGGAGAAGGUAAAGCUUGAACCAAUUAUUAACUGCUUUUUUAUUUUAUGCCUAAAAAAAUACUAUCUACUUUGAAAUUAAAUCCCCGUUGGAAGUCUGUUGCUAAUGCACUUGCCAUUAGUGAGGUCUGUGAAAUAAACAAGUAGCUGACCUAAAAAAUUAUGGCAAUGAGGUCAACCAUUUUUUUUUCCUUUUGAACUUUUGUUGUUCUGGCCUAAGCCAAAUUAUUGCACUAUUUUUUUACCAUCACUGAUCUGAUGCUGAACUCAUGUUAGGAAAUAUUUUCCUAGUGUUUGUAUUAAACUUUUUUUUUUUUCACAUUGCAUGAUCAAGUUUGUCCCACAGUCUGAAAGUUGAACAAAUCAAUUUGAAUGUGUUUUGAAAUGCUUUCUGUAUCUUAAUUCCAGUGGGAGGAACCAAUACUUGGUAUACAGUAGAACCAAUACUUGGUAUACAGUAGAACCAAUACUUGGUAUACAGUAGAACCAAUACUUGCUAUACUGCAAAAAUAUCACAUUCGUUUAAAGAAAACCAAAUCUUUUUAUUUGCUCUACAGAAAGAAGCAGAAGAUGCCUUGGCUGAAGCUUUGCCUGCCCUUGAAGCUGCCAGGAUUGCCCUUGAUGACUUGGAUAAGCAAGAUGUCACAGAAAUCAGGUCAGAAAUCUUUUUUUAACCUAAUGUAUAUUAUUUUUAAUAAUGUUUACAAAAAGAUGAAUAUGUGUUUAUGAAAAAUGUAUGCUUUGCUUAAAAGAACUUUAAAGAAAUAUAUUUGCACUUAAGUUCCCUGAUUUUCUGUCUUUUAAACAUGAUCUCUUAGAAACUUUGAACACAUGCACUGUGAAUGUGAAGUUCAUAAGAUUUAUACUUUUAGAUCUUUUGCCAAGCCGCCCCGUGAGGUGCAGACAGUCUGUGAAUGUAUCGUGGUGAUGAAGGGCAUACGAGAAGUGUCUUGGAAGUCUGCCAGAGGGAUGAUGUCAGAGGCCAACUUCCUCAAGACCUUGAAGGAGAUGGAUGUGGAUAACAUCGGACAAAAGCAGAUGGCUACUGUUAAAGGUGAUCUGAGCUUAAUUAAUUAAUGAAAUUCAAAUAGAUUAAUAAGACACGAACAAAUUGUGUCAAUAUAACAAAAUAAGUUACACUUUAAUAAUAAUAAUAAUUAUACAUUAUACACAAUUAAACGUUGAAAUUCAAAGGCUGAUUCAACACCGUCUGAGAAAGUUUUGGAAUAAUUUUACUUGAUGGUUUUUUAAUUCUCUUCCAGCUGGCCAUUCUCAAAGCUCUUUUAUGUCUAGUGUUUUGCGGAGUUUUAUUUAAAUAAACAAAAAUUAUUACCUGGGUAAAAAUGGCAAAAUUACACUUUCCUAGCAUUUUUUAUCACUUGAAUAUUUUUAAAACUCUUUUUAAAAUAAAUUUUUAAUAAAUUGGUCUUGUUUAUCCGCAUAAGCUUUAAAUAGUUGAGUUACAUAAAAAAAUAUAUAAUGGCUAUCUAAUUUUUGCUUCAGGUUUACUGAAGGACAUUGACAUGACGAUUGAUGCAAUGAAAGCCAUUAGUAAGGCAGGAGCUGGUCUCCUGAAGUUUGUGGAAGCUGUCAUGGGAUAUUGUGCUGUUGCCAGGGAAAUCAAACCAAAGAGAGAAAAGGUGGCCAAACUGGAAAGGAACUUCUUUCAGGUCAGUUUUUGCCCCAGAUUAUUGUCAGAUUCAGAUUAUGUCAUAACUGUUAUUUAAGUUUUAGCCAUUUCUGCCCAUUCUCAUCAAGAUAUUUUCAGUAGAUCCUUAUUUCUAGGUGUAACAUUUUGAAAUUAAUAAAAACAUGCAUGUAAUAGUUUCCAGGACAAAACUUAGAAAUUAAGGGUAAAAAUUUUAAGUACCUUAAAAAUAUUUUUAAGGGGCUAUACACAUUCCUACAUAAUAAAAAUUACUACAGGGCCACUUUAUCCAAUAGGACAGACAAAAAUAAUACAAACGUUCAGAUGUAUUAUUGUUGGGAAAUAGCCUAAAAUUAGUUACUCUUGUUUUUCUAAGGCCAAGAGAGAUCUUGAUAAAGUGACUAAAGAAGUCCAGGCCCUGGAAGAGGAAUUGAAUGAAUUAAACAAGAAAUAUGAGCAGGCUAUGACAGAGAAGCAGGCCCUAGAGACAGAGGCCAGGAUCAUGGAGCGGAGAUUGAUAGCAGCAGAUAAGCUCAUCUCAGGUCUUGGUUCAGAGAACAUCAGGUAGGCAAUAGGUGUUGGAUGUAAAUCACGCACAUUGAAAGGAUGGCAGAGAUAUGUUAGAAUCACUGUAAUGACCUCUAUAACAUUAAUUUAUUUAAAAGUACUGUUUUUGAAAAAAAAUUAUUUGCAUUGAGAUGCUAACACGACAGUUCAUAGCAAGGAUGAAUAGACAGCAAUUUUAUCUGAAUAAUUACCUGCUUUAGGCCAUUUCUCAACUGAAAUAGAAAUGUGUGAUAUCUUGAUAGCUUUAAAUGUAAUAAUUUCAUGAUUUAUUGGAAAUUAAAUAUUCAUUCACCACUUUUAGAACAGCCUGGAGAUCUUCGUUCGAAAAAUAAUAUGAGCUGCUUUUUAAAAAUUAAAUUAAUAUAACAAUAGGUGACCCAAAUAUUUUACUUCUUGAUUGGCAGAUGGAGCAAAGAUUUGGAAGAACUUAAGAAAAAACGUGUCCAACUACUGGGUGACUGUCUCAUCAGCUCUGCGUUUUUGAGUUAUGUUGGUGCCUUCAGUUGGGAGUUCCGUAAUGACCUAGUUUACCAAGAUUGGGUAAAUGACCUUCGAGAGCGUCAGGUUCCACUCAGUGAUCCAUUCAGGCUGGAGGACUUGUUGACAAAUGAUGUGGAAAUCAGCAAGUGAGUUACUUUAGAAGGAAUUUCUUAAUUUUUUUUUGGGGGGGGGGGGGGCAGGGUGUGAGAAUUUUAUUGGGAACGUCAAUUAAAAUUAACUUUCAAUAAAAACGUUCACAUUUUUAGAGAAAAUUUUAAUUUUCUUUAGAAGGAAUUUCUUAAUUUUUUUUUGGGGGGGGGGGGACAGGGUGUGAGAAUUUUAUUGGGAACGUCAAUUAAAAUUAACUUUCAAUAAAAUCGUUCACAUUUUUAGAGUAAAUUUUAAUUUUGAAAAAUUCUUCUUGUUUUGCAGCUGUCAGUGUGUUAAUACAGUUAAAAGAUCAAAUAAAUUUUUGGUUAUUUUGUUGAUUAUAUUUUGGUUCAAUGUCAAUACAAUACAAAAUUUGAAGAAAUUUUUUUUAAAAGUUUCUUUAAUGUUAUCCCGCAUUUCUACUAAUUUCUACAUUUUUGAUCUGUAAAUAUCUGUUUGUUUCUUAUUUUAUUUUGUCUGCUGAAGAAGACAUCUAGCCAAAUCAUCCUUUUAAUUGUCAUGUCUUUUCUUGCAAUGUUUUUUCCACUAUUUAUUUACUUCAUACGGCUUGAAUGCAGUCCCUCAUGCAUUAUCCUUUGUAUUAUAAUGCUGCAUUUAAGAUUGGUAAAAUGCUUGGCAUUAUGACUGCAAGAAUGUUAUAAUUAAACAAUUUUAAGAAUUUUUACCUCAAGUGUUUUCUUUUCGUCUGAGUCUUAUGAUUAUUGCUAAUUUUCAUUAAAAAGGUGGACCUCUGAGGGUCUACCUCCUGAUGAGCUAUCCAUACAAAAUGGCAUCUUGACAACUCGGGCCAGCCGAUUCCCCAUGUGCAUUGACCCACAGCAACAAGCCUUGAACUGGAUCAAGAAGAAGGAGGAGGCCAACAACCUCAAGGUCAGUCAACAGAGGAUGUUCAAAUGAACUGGAGUUACACAAGUCCUUAAUCUUCUUAAAAAUACUUGGUCUUUUUAUUAGUUAUACAUUUGUAUUGACCUUGAUGAAUAUAUAAAAUGUUUGACCCCCAUAUUCCAUUUUAAAAAUUCCAGGGUAAAUAUUUUAUGGUUAAUAUAAAAAAAAUAUUCUAUCAUCAAAGUUUUAAAAUUAUGUAGCAGUAGGCAGCCUGCAGCUCUGGGCCGCAAGUGAUUCUUUGAAUGAUAAAUGCAUUUCACUAUUAAAUCUAUAGUACUAUUUAAACUACACCUCAUCCUUUCGGCUUGAGGCUCCCUUAAUAUUUUCUUAGCAGAUAUAUUUUAUUUUUAAAAAGGUUGCUGAUCCUUGAGCUAGUGCAAACAAUGAUCAUAAAAUUAUGAAAUGUGUACAUUUAUUUGCCAGUUAGAUUUCAUAUUUCUAAGGUUUAAUCAAAGCAAACCUGAUUUCUUUUCUUAAGUGAGAGGCCCCUCUCCCUUUCACCCACCAGACACACAUAGAUGAACAUUCUAUAUGCCUUUUGAAAUCUAGAAGGUUGAGGGAGUAAAACCAUUGUAUGAAAAUAUUUAGAGAUAAAGAAAUAUUGCUAGUCUCCUUUAGGAGUCUGACCAAACAACAAAAUAUCUUUCAGUAUGUAUUAUGAAAAUGUAUUGACCAAUACUUGUCUAAUUAUGUCAUGUGUAUGAAAGAAUUGGGAGAAGGGAAUAUUAUGACUACUCUAAAAACCAAAGUUAUUCCCCAAAUUGUGAUUACAGGUGUGUACAUUCAACGAUCCUGACUUCCUGAAACAACUGGAGCUGGCCAUCAAAUACGGCUUCCCGUUCCUUUUCCAAGAUGUGGAUGAGUACAUUGAUCCUGUCAUUGAUAAUGUCCUGGAAAAGAACAUCAAAGGUAGGGAUAAUUAGAGGUGCUUGAUACCUUACAAUACAUUUCAUAAUAUGCAUAAUAUGGCAACAGUUUCACAAUAUAUUUAAUAACUUACAAAUGGCAAUGGUUUCACUUCAUGUAAAUGUUGGCGGUAAGCAGAAUAUAAAAAAACAAAAUAUUUUUAUAUGAUAUAAAGAGACUUUUGUUGUGUCACAUCAAGGUGCACAAGGGAGAGAAUUUGUCAUGUUGGGAGACAAGGAGGUGGAUUAUGACCCCAACUUCCGACUGUACCUGAACACGAAACUAGCCAAUCCCAAGUAUGGACCAAACAUAUUUGGCAAGUCUAUGGUCAUCAACUACACUGUCACACUCAAGGUUUGUGCUACCUUAUGCUGAAAUAAAAGUAAAAAGAUUUCCUUCUAUUCUUACCAUUUUCUGGCCACAACACAUUAGUUCUGUUAUUGGGUUAACCAGCUGUCCAUGCUAUUAUAUAUGUGCAUUAUAUAUGUGCAUGUUUUAUCAUCUUUGAAGGAUAUUGGCUUUUAUAAGAUAUGUAUUUAUACAGCUGAAUACAAAUAAUCUCUCCUGUUCUUAUAUUCAAUUUGUUAUGGUUAAAUCUAAAAAUCUUUGGAUGAUUCCUUCUAGAAUCAUAGGUUCUUUGAAGUAAUAGCACCAUCUGGUUUUAUCCUGUUUUGCUAAUAAAAUGUUAAAAGUUUUUUCAUAGACUCUCUACAUAAUAAAAUUUCCUUUUUUCUUUGCAAACUUUGAAAUUUACAUAAAACAUGACAGAGGUGAAUUUUAAUUUAAUGGAUAUUUUUAUAUGUCUUACAUGGAGGUUGAUUAUGUAAAGAAAUGAUUUAUUCUCAAGAUUAAAUUUUAAUCUGUAGGGCCUUGAGGAUCAACUGCUCAGUGUUAUUGUUAAGUUUGAGAGAAAAGAAUUGGAGGAACAAAGAGAAAGACUUAUCAUGGAGACUAGGUUCUUUAUUUUUAUCUAUUUUACAGAAAUUGCUACUUUAACAAACAUUUUCCUAUUUUAUGUACAUCUUCUCAUGCUUUCAUUGAUUUAUAAAAGAGAUUACUGUAAAAAAAAUUGGAUAACCUUGAAUAUUUUAAAUCUGCUUAAUAUGAGAUACAUAUUUUUUUUAUGGUUGAAUUUAUAAAAGGCAUAUAUACAUAUAUUAUAUAUUCUUCACAGAAAAUUGGCUUUGAAAUGAUUUUACAAUAAAACUGAGGCAUACAAUAUAACUUUGGCGUACAAUUUCUUGUCAUUACAAUUCUGCACAGUGUAAACAAGAAGCUCCUGAAAGACCUGGAAGAUUCCCUCCUGAGAGAGUUGGCCCAGUCUCAAGGCAACAUGUUGGACAAUGUAGAACUUGUGGAGACUCUUGAAGAGACCAAGACAAAAGCUACAGAGGUCAGCUCAUAAAUCAGUAUUUACACAAGUUGCUGUUCGACCAACAUUAGUAUCAAUAAAUAACACCUUCACUCCCAAAAUAAUUUUUUUAAAUAUAUAAUGUAAUAGUUAUUGCAUAGAUUUCCAUGUUGUAAAAUUUUUUUGUUUGUGAAGCUGUCUAAGUGAUUUUUAAAGAAUAAUGGUCUUUAAGAAUUGGUUAGAAUACUUGAGAAAAUUGCAGAUAUUUGUAAGAAAAAAGUAGUGGUGGUCACAUAUAACUUUUUUUUCAUUGAAAAAACAUUUAAAAAAAAAAAAAAAAUUAAAAAGUUAUGUGGUGUUUUAAAAAGGGACUUAUUUUAUGACACAAGGUAGCUUUAUGAUUAUUUUAAAUUUAUUUUUAUUUUAAUUAAGCUAGUCAAAGGUGAGAGAGAAUGUAAAAUCUAUUCAUUUAACCCUCACAAAACAAAGAUUAGCAAGCAAGCCAAAUAAUUGCAGAUAUUUGUAAGAAAAAAGUAGUGGUGGUCAAAUAUAACUUUUUUUUCAUUGAAAAAACAUUUAAAAAAAAAAAAAAAAAUUAAAAAGUUAUGUGGUGUUUUAAAAAGGGACUUAUUUUAUGACACAAGGUAGCUUUAUGAUUAUUUUAAAUUUAUUUUUAUGUUAAUUGAGCUAGUCGAAGGUGAGAGAGAGUGUAAAAUCUAUUCAAUUAACCCUCACAAAACAAAGAUUAGCAAGCAAGCCAAGAGUGGUGGAAUUUCAUAACAUUUGACAUAAUUUUAAUGCCUAAUACGCUCAGGUAUCAGAAAAGCUCAAACUCGGUGCUAAGACAGCCAUAGACAUAGAAAAACUUAGAGACGGCUACCGCCCGGCCGCCAAGCGAGGGGCCAUCCUAUUCUUCGUACUUGCUGAGAUGUCCCAGGUGAACUCCAUGUACCAGUACUCACUGGCCUCAUACCUGGAAGUCUUUGGACACUCACUCAAGAAAAGCUUGCCCGAUUCCAUCCUACAGAAGCGACUGCGUAACAUCAUGGAUACACUCACUCAUAACAUUUACAAUUACGGGUGCACUGGUGAGUUCUUCUACUUUUAGCUUCAAUUCUACUUCUUUAGCUUUCUAACUCCCAUCGGAGCAUAGUGGCUAUUUGUUUCAGUUCCUUUGAUGUUUAUUUCCUUAAUGAUGCAUAUUACCCUUGCCCCUGCACUAUGUUAUCAUGACUUACUAUAUUUUAAAUUGCUUGGAUAAUUGUCACUUAUUUAAUAUUUGUCCCACAUCUAUUAGGAAAAUAAACUACAUCUAUUUUAUUUUCCCUUUCUACCAUAUACAAAUUAUCUCCACCCCCCCAAACUUUAAAAAAAAAAAAAUUAAAAAAAAAAAAAAAUCUCAUUCUUGAAUUUUCAUGUGUAGAAAAUGUUAAAGGGUUGAACAUGUGAAAAUCUUUUAACAAAUUAAUAUUAUCCUGAAAAGAAAUUGACCUAAAACUAAAAGAGACAAACUGACAUGUCAUUUAGCUAAAUGGUAUUGAUGCUUAAUUUUCUGUUUCUUCAGGUAUCUUUGAGAAGCACAAACUGCUCUUCUCCUUCCAAAUUAAUAUCAAACUAGAGCAGGACAAACAAGCAGUUGCUCAAGAUGAGCUGGACUUUUUCAUUAAGGUAAGCAAACUUGCCAUUGGUCAAUUUUUUAAAUUAAAAUAUGUAUGGUUUUGCAAAUUUUUCCUCACAUUGUACAUGACUUCUUGUACUAGUUAGAAGUCUCUGAAAAUUACUGCAUAUUUUAUCAUUUUCAAGCUUUCUAUGAAAUUAAAUUUGAGCAGGUUUGGGGGGGGGGGGGUUGGGGGGGGGGGGAAUCACAGAUGAAAAUUAUUAAUUGUACACUGAAAUGUAUUAUUCAUCUAAGAAUAAAAUCAUCAUAAAGAUAGGAAAUUUUGUAAAUUUUAUAAAUGGUUUACAUUCUUGGGAAUGAAGCAAACAAAUUAAUCGUUUGUGCAUUGAAUAAAUAAAUGUUGAUAUAUGCGCAGUAAAAAUAUCACAAACAAUAAAGAUAACCUAAAUGAACUAAUUCAGUUCAACAAUUAAACCUUAAUCUUCAUGUAUUUUUCAUAGAAUUUCAAUCAGAAAGUAUUUCUAUCAUUUAUAAGUUUCGUGAUCUAUAUGUUACAUCGUAAUAGUAUAUCAUAAUAUUUAUUUGAUCUUGUUAGGUUUACAAUUGUAAAUUGGAGCAUAGCAUAGUUUUUUUUAUUGUAUUACAACAGUGGUUCUUAACCUUUUUGGAGGUACCGAACCCCACCAGUUUCAUAUGUGCAUUCACCUAACCCUUCUUAAUAGGAAAAAUAAAAUAUGAUUUUUUUGUUCUGAUUUUUUUGGACCUCCGCCGAACCCCUGAGACUGACUCAGGGAACCCCUGGGGUUCGAUCAAACCUAGGUUGAGAACCACUGUAUUACAAUCAUCAUCUGAUGACAAAAAAUAAACAAUAGUGCUUCAUGAGAGCUUUAGAAAAUAAUUGAGAUAUUGUACUAUCUUUAAUCAAAUUACCAGAUGACUUCCAGCUGAUGUAUUUAUUGUGCACAUUUUUAUAUCGCCCAGGGCAAAGUUGCACUUGAGAAAAGCAAACGCAAGAAACCAUUCCCGUGGUUUCCUGAUGAGGGAUGGGAAGACUGCAAUCGUUUGGCGACGGAUUUUCCUGUAUUUGGAUCCUUACUUGAUGACAUUGAGCGAAAUGAAAAAGUUUGGAAAAAGGUAAUGAUAAAAUUAACUAUUGAGGUUACGACAAAACUGUACAUCUGUAGGCAAUUGUGAAAUUUUCUCUUAAAUUAAUAGUAAAAAUAUAUCUUUUUUGUUUACAUAAUGAAUAAAAAAAAUAGCUCUUGAAUAUUGAAGAAAUAGAGGUGCUGUGUUAUUUAAUUAAAGUCAGUAUAAAACUAAAACAAAGUGAGGAAAACAAAAUUAUCUCAAUCAUAUAUUUUAAUAAAUAUUAUAAUUUUUUAUUUCUUUUGAUUUAUUGUUUCGUCUCUUUUUGAAAAUUUCCUGUUUUAUCUCAAAUUAUUAUUAUUUUUUAAAAUAUUAAUUUUAUUUAAGGUAAAGUCUACUAAUAAAAAAAAAACGGUAAUAAAAUGGUGCAAUGUUUGCCUUUAAUUUCAGUGGUUUGAUCAUGAUGCACCUGAAUCUCUGCCUUUCCCAAUGAACUACGACGACAAGAUCAGUGACUUCCAGCAUCUUAUGCUUCUACGCUGUUUCCGUAUUGACCGUAUUUAUCGUGCUGUGACUGAGUAUGUGACAAAAACAAUGGGAGAGAAGUAUGUAACUCCUCCCAUCAUCAGCUUUGAGACUGUUUAUGAGCAGAGCACUCCAAUGUCCCCCAUCGUUUUCAUUCUUAGCCCAGGCUCAGACCCUGCCAGUGACCUAAUUAAGUUGGCUGACCGCAUUGGGUUUGGUAGCAAUAAAGUGAAGUUCUUAUCUAUGGGUCAAGGUCAAGAAAAGGUAAGAGGCUCAUCAUACUAGCUUUAAAAGAAUUAACUUCAAUGCAUUCGUAUUCUCAUUAUUUUCAUUCAUAAAUCUUUCAUCAUAUUUAUAUUUUGUGGGUUUCAUGUUUUUCCUAGGCUAAGAAAUGAAGCAUGUUUUCUAAAAAAGAAAAAAAUAUUUUGUAAUUUGGUUAAUAACAAUAUUUGAAUAUUCUCAGGUUGCUCUUCAACUUUUAGAAACCGCAAUUUCACGUGGUCAGUGGCUCAUGUUACAAAAUUGUCACUUGCUGGUGCGAUGGCUACGAGAACUAGACAAGCAGCUGGAGAAGAUGACCAAACCUCACCCAGACUUCAGGCUGUGGCUGACCACUGAGCCAACACCAUCUUUCCCAAUCAGCAUCCUGCAGAGGUCUCUGAAGGUAAUGCCAUCUAUCAUUGUCUCUCAAGCUGAGACUAGAAUGUAAUCUUCAUUUUAAAACAUCUUGUGACAGCCCAGUUGUACAAACUGAUUUAACUGUUACAUCACUGUUAUUUUCACUGACAGGUUGUGACAGAGCCUCCAAACGGUCUUAAGCUCAACAUGAGAAGCACCUACCACAAGAUCCCGGCCACUGCCUUGGCUGAGUGUGAGCAUCCUGCAUUCUCAUCCUUGGUGUUCACACUGGCAUUCUUUCACGCUGUGGUACAAGAGAGAAGAAAAUAUGGCAAGGUAAAUAACAACUCUUAAGAAAUCGUCCCACCAAUAUUGGACUAUAAAACAUAAUAACUUUUAUUAAACUGUUCUUUGGCAAUCAUAGGAUAUUGCAUGACCAUGAACGCAGAGAGUAAAAUAUUUUUUUUGUUGCUAUUUCUGAUUCAACAUUUUGAUAAGUUAAGAUAAUAUUGGGGUGUGUAAAUUUUACUAGAAUUUAUUGUUUUAUAAAUUCUAUAAAAAAUAUAUAUUUCAGAUUGGUUGGAAUGUCAGCUAUGAUUUUAAUGAGAGUGACUUCAGGGUCUGUAUGCAGAUCUUAAACACAUAUCUCAGCAAAGCUGUGGAGAACGGAGAGACUAAAAUUCCCUGGAACAGUCUCAAAUAUUUGAUUGGAGAGGUCAGUAAUCUCCUCAUACUUAACUGUCAUGGAUGUUAAGACAAUAAAAUAUAUGGGAAGCCAUUUGAAUGGUUAUUGAUGAAUGAUUCUUCCAUUAAUUAGUUUUUUCCUUUAAUUUAAUAAUAGCAUUAAUAGUUUUAUAUUUGAAUUCAUUCUGACAUGAAUAUCCCCAACUAACUUUGCUUUGAUCAGGUUAUGUAUGGAGGGCGUGCCAUUGAUGACUUUGACAGAAGAAUUCUCAGGACCUACAUGGAUGAGUACAUGGGAGAUUUUAUUUUUGACACAUUCCAGCCAUUCCACUUUUACCAUGAUGACAGUGUGGACUAUUUCAUUCCAGAAGUUGGUGCCAGGGAUGUUUAUGUUGGUCAGUAAUUUCUGUUUAGUUUGAAAUUCAAAUUAAUAAGUAAGACAUGAUCAUUCUAAAGCUACUAACAAAACUAGAACCAGAUUUUGGCUUAACAUUUGCAAGGAAAAUUUUAACAAUGUGCAUUAUGAUGUUAUACAUAUCAGUCCAACUGUCAUGUGUGUUAUCAUGCUCUACAUAUCAGUCCAACUGUCAUGUGUGUUGCCGAUAAGUCAAGUUUUAAAAAAAUAAUAAUUCCUGGUCAAUAAUUUUACUUUCCACAAUUUUCAAACAAGAUUAUAUUGAGAGUCUGCCAUUGGCCAACACCCCAGAAGUGUUUGGUUUAAAUCCCAAUGCUGAGAUUGGCUACUACACCCAGGCAGCCCGUGACAUGUGGUCACAUUUGGUGGAGCUGCAGCCUCAGACUGGUAAGUUUGGUGGGGGAAAAAAAAAUCUGCUACAAAAAUACUUAGAAAUAUGCUUGUUACUUUUCCUUACUUAAUAGUCAUAAAAUUUUCCAGUUAUUUAUUAUGAAACAUAAAAAUUUUGAUUUAUUGCUAUUUCUAUUCAUAAAAUUUUUCAAUAUUUAUCUUAUGACAAAAGUUUUUCAUUUUUUUAAACCCAUCUCAUCAUUAGGAGAAUCAGCAACUGGCAUUAGUCGUGAGGAGUUCAUUGAUCAAAUAGCCCAAGAUGUGCUCAAUAAACUUCCAGCAGAGUUUGACCUGGAUAAAAUCAGGAAAAAUUUGGGACUGGACAUCAGCCCCACAACGGUGGUACUACUUCAGGAGUUGGAGAGAUUCAACCUUUUGAUUGCGCGAAUGAGGAGAUCACUGGUCACUCUGAAGAGAGUAGGUUUCUGUUUUAAAGUAUAAUUUCAUGGCUAUAGAAAUGCUCAACAUUUUAUUUUCUUAAUGUAAUAAAAUUUGACGCAUCUUUUUCAAAACAAUUUUCCUGAGAUUUAAAAUUAUUUUUUUUAUUUUGGACAUUGAAGUUAGCAAUUAUAAAUAAAGUGUUUAACAAAAUGACCUUAUACUUAUAAUUUCAACAUGUGUAAUUACUGAAAGACUCAAGCUCUCACGAUCAAACAUAAUACAAUUAAACAUGUGCUUCAGAUGGACAAUGAAACUGAUCUUCCACCUAAUCCUAGCUGGCAAAAGCACAUCGAUAUUUUGCAAAAACACAAACAAUCUGGGGAGAAAAAAAUCACUAUUUUCCAAAAACACACCACCAUCUGGCUAAAACAACCCUGCAGUCUAAUAUGAUGUUAGAUGCCUAUCAAUCAGAAAUAAAGCCUCCAUCUGAAGUGUCUCAAACAGCUUAACAGCACCAAAUGAUGUACAAUAAGAAACUCUCAUAAAUAGUACAUUUAUUUCAUAAGCCACAGCUGAUAUAUGUUUAUAAUUGAAGGAUUACAUUGGACACAUUUUUAACCUUUUCAAUGGAAAAUAAAAUUGGAGGAGGUUAUAAAUUUUUUUUAAAAAAUCAGUUACAAUGCAGAAUCCAAGAUCUUUUUCCAGUUGGUAUGCUGUCGUCGGGAUAAUAAUUUUCUCAUAAUUAUUUUUUAUUGACAUCAGGCUCUGGCGGGAGAAGUUGGCAUGUCCAGUGAACUGGACGAUGUGGCCAGGUCUAUGUUUAAUGGUCAAAUCCCAGCAAUAUGGCGGCGUCUGGCGCCUGACACUCUUAAGUCUCUGGGGAACUGGAUGAUUCACUUUGAGAACCGCUAUAAGCAGUACAACUCAUGGGUAAGCCAUCAUAUUACAAUAUAAGUUAUCUGGAGCUGUCAGAUAAAACACAAAAAUUUAACUACACCAGUGAAAAAAGUCAACACAAAAUAAUAUUGUGAGCUGCCCGUAAACUACCAUUAUUCCUCUAUACCAAAGUGUUGCACACUACGCUGACAAUGUUCAAACACAAUGAACAACCCAACUGUUGUUUUUCCUCCUAAUUCAAAAGGUCAAUGAAGCGGAACCUUCGGUCAUGUGGCUGUCAGGUCUACAUAUUCCUGAAUCUUACCUGACGGCUUUGGUGCAGGCAACCUGUCGAAAGAAUGGAUGGCCACUGGACAAAUCUACCUUAUACACUUCAGUCACAAAUUACAAGUCUGCAGAGGAUGUCACAGAGAGAACCACUUCAGGUAAAGAAGUCAUUACUUUAACUUGUUGAGAACCACUUCAGGUAAAGAAGUCAUUACUUUAACUUGUUGAGAACCACUGAGGUGUAUUCAACACUUGGCUAAUUGAGGUCAAAGGCCAAUAAAACCAUUUUGAUAAAAGUCCAAACUUUUUAAAACAUGUGACUAAUAUUCAACUUGGAAAACACUAAACUAUUGUCACAAAUUUUUGAUCAUGUCUUAUAUAUAUUAGAUAAAAGAAGACUUACCAUGUCAUUGUAGUCAUUGGUUUAAAACAAGGGUUCUUAAACUUAUUGCAACGCCACACCUGCCCUUUAGUUUUAAAAAAAAUGUAUCCCACAACCCCCAGGAUAGUAAAUGCUGAUAAAAAUGCAAAUAAACCUGAUUUAUUUAAAGUCUUCUCACACCCCUUGACACUUUCUCACAUAACCCCUUAACUUAACACUGCCUCCCACAACCCUAACACUGCCUCCCACAACCCUAACACUGUCUCCCACAACUCUAACACUGUCUCCCAUACCCUUAACUUUACCCCUAACACUGUCUCCCAUAACCUUAACUUUACCCCUAACACUGUCUCCCAUACCCUUAACUUUAUUCCUAACACUGUCUCCCACACCCCCUUACACUGUCUCCCACACUCCCUAACCCUGUCUCCCGCACUCCUUAACACUGUCCUCCAUACCCCCUAAGUGCUAUGAACCCUUCCAUGAUUUUAAAAUGUUGUUCUAGUAAAUUGUUCAGCUGAAUAAAAAUCGUAUUUUGUAGGUUGUUUUGUGCACGGCUUGUACCUAGAAGGAGCUGGUUGGGAUCUUCCAGAAGGUCAUCUCUUACCUCAAAGGCCAAAGCAGCUAAUACAGGAGCUGCCUGUUCUCAAGAUUAUUCCAAUUGAGGCUCAUAGGCUGAAACUUCAGGUAAGUCCAGUUAACGCAGUCUCAGUUUCAUAAAAUGAAAUUGUUAGCUUUGUCUGUAAUUGUUUCCUUGACUAGAUGUAGUUCAUGUUAAAUGAUUUGUUUUUUUUUUCCAUUGGAUACUUCUUAAUAUGGAUGUUACUAAUCAUUUAAGUUAUACAAAAAAAUUUUAAAGCCUUCAAAUUAGCAUCUUAAAACCAAAUGGAUGCAUAACACUGAAGUGUUUUAUGGCUAUCAUUUUGUGUUCCAAAAAAUUUUAAACAAACAAUUUCCUUGUUUCACCUCUGUUAGAAAAUAUAAAAUAAAUCAACUUUUGAAUUCUCAAUAUUAACCAUAAUAUCCUCAGAACACGUUUCGUACUCCAGUAUACACAACAUCGCAACGUCGUAAUGCCAUGGGAGUCGGCUUGGUUUUUGAGGCUGAUCUGGCAACUCAAGAGCACAACUCUCACUGGGUCCUGCAAGGAGUUUGUCUCAUACUCAACACUGAUUAGAGCUCUAUGCAUUCCUUCAAAGAUUUUUACAAAAAAUUGUGGAGGUUUAACUAAAGAGCCAAGAUUCUUUAUUUAAACCCAGAAAAUGUUUAACCAAAAUAAUGUUUCAAUUUAAUCCCUCAUUUAAAAAAUACCAACAAAUGACAUUAUUAUUUGUUCCUGAAUUAAUUUUUAAGCAAGCAGUAUUUUGCCAUGUUAAUAUUAUAAAUUAUUAAACGAUCCCUUAGCAUUGUUUUUUGAAUUGUGUAAUUAUUGGAUUUUUGUCCAACUUUACUAAUUUUUUUAAAAAUUAAUAAAUUUUAAUGAAUUUGUUUUGAGCUAUAACGAAUGUUUAAAAAUAUUUCAUGUAUUGAAUAAUUUAAUGUAUAUAUUUAUGUAAAUAUCCUAUUAAUGUAAUAUUUUCUAAUGUAAACAAUAAUGAUUUAAAUUUGUAUUCUUCUUAAUUGAUAUAACAAGUUUGAUAUUAAAAUAACAAAUGAAGAACUUCUGUUGCAGUAUUAAGACAAGUGCUUUUUUUUUUUUGACAUACCAAAGAGCUUGGUGAUAAGGGCCUUAGUGACCUGGGUAAAAGAACAAAAAUUUAAUUUAAGAGUUCUAAGCAGGCCAACUCUCCAUUUUAAAUCAAUAAUCUUAAAAAAAUUAUUAUUACCAAAGCAAACACAUUUUUAAUAUUAGUAAGAAAGGAAAAUCAAGAUAAGAUUAACAAUUAAUAUUAGCUUUGCAUGUUGCUAUUGCAAAACAAUAUAUAUUUUUUUUAAAAUGCUGUAACAAAAGUUAUAUUUUUGUAAUUACUUUUAUAUUUUUAUUUUGCCGAGAAAUGUUUUUACUGAUAGUUCUAAUUCCACAUGUCUCCAUGAGGUGUGUCUGUCAAGUCAAUUAAAAUUGUAAUUGAAAUAUAUUAAAAUAUUUGUUUUCUUGCUU